AUGUCACAUGUGUGGGCCACUAUGUGUACAGUUCUGACAUAAUUACGAUCAUUACCAUGGCACAUGGUCUUACAGUCAGUCCUGGUUGGUGCAGUCUCUCCUCUCCAUCCCUCACACCAUCACUCCCUCUCUCUCUCUCCAUCCCUCACACCGUCUCUCCCUCUCUCUCUCUCCAUCCCUCAUACCAUCCCUCCCCCACUCUCCAUCCCUCACACCAUCUCUCCCCCUCUCUCUCCAUCCCUCACACCAUCUCUCCCCCUCUCUCUCUAUCCCUCACACCAUCCCUCCCUCUCUCUCGCCAUCCCUCACACCAUCCCUCCUUCUCUCUCUCUAUCCCUCACACGUCCCUUACACCAUCCCUCACCAUCCCUCCUUCUCUCUCCUAUCCCUCACACCAUCCCUCCCGCUCGCUCUCUCCAUCCCCGCACAGCAUCCCUCCUUCCUACUCGCCAUUCCCUCACACAUCCCUCCCGCUCUCUCCAUUCCGCUCACAGCCAUCCCCCUUCUCUUUCCCAUUCCCUCACACCACCAUCCCGCUCCUCUCCUCUCCUCUCUCCCCUCCCUUCCAACAACCCCAUCCCCCUAUCCUUCUCUCUCUCGCUUCCAUCCCUCACAACCAUCCCUCCUUCUCUCUCUCCCAUCCUCAACAACCAUCCCUCCCUCUCCUCUUCCUCCCAUCCCGCACACCAUCCCCUCUCUCCUCUCCCCUCUCUCUGCUCUCUCUCUCUCUCUCUCUCUCUCUCUCUCUCAUCUCCUCUUUUUAUCUCCAUCCCCUAUACAGUAUAAACAGGUCAUUUAGCAGAAGUAGGUCAGGUUUCUCCUCUCUCUCCAUCCCUCUCCACCCCUCCCUCUCUCUCUCAUCCCUCUCCACCCCUCCCUCUCUCAUCCCUCUCUCUCUCAUCCCUCUCCACCCCUCCCUCUCUCUCCACUCAUCCCUCUCUCUCUCCAUCCCUCUUCACCCCUCCCUCUCUCAUCCCUCUCUCUCUCCAUCCAUCCCCUCUAAAUCCCUCACACCACCCCUCCCCCUCUUUAUCUCUCUCCCUUGCCUUCUCUCUCUCCACCCCAUCUCACUCUAUCCAUCUCUCUCCAUCCCUCUCCUUCCCACUCUCUCUCCAUCUCUUCCCUCUGUUGUUGAGGAGAAAGAUGCUUUGUGAAUGCCUCCCAUUUGACAUAAUGGGGUCCUUUAGUACCUCUGAUGCACAUGAUGUAUCAGAAUGUCGUAUUCCUGCCAUUAGUGUUCGCAGCUACGAGCUAGUGCUCCAUUAGGGGGAUGACUGACUGGAGCUACUGUCUAGAUUGUUGCUCCAUUAGGGGGAUGACUGACUGGAGCUACUGUCUAGAUUGUUGCUCCAUUAGGGGGAUGACUGACUGGAGCUACUGUCUAGAUUGUUGCUCCAUUAGGGGGAUGACUGACUGGAGCUACUGUCUAGAUUGUUGCUCCAUUAGGGGGAUGACUGACUGGAGCUACUGUCUAGAUUGUUGCUCCAUUAGGGGGAUGACUGACUGGAGCUACUGUCUAGAUUGUUGCUCCAUUAGGGGGAUGACUGACUGGAGCUACUGUCUAGAUUGUUGCUCCAUUAGGGGGAUGACUGACUAGAGCUACUGUCUAGAUUGUUGCUCCAUUAGGGAGAUGACUGACUGGAGCUACUGUCUAGAUUGUUGCUCCAUUAGGGGGAUGACUGACUGGAGCUACUGUCUAGAUUGUUGCUCCAUUAGGGAGAUGACUGACUGGAGCUACUGUCUAGAUUGUUGCUCCAUUAGGGAGAUGACUGACUGGAGCUACUGUCUAGAUUGUUGCUCCAUUAGGGGGAUGACUGACUGGAGCUACUGUCUAGAUUGUUGCUCCAUUAGGGGGAUGACUGACUGGAGCUACUGUCUAGAUUGUUGCUCCAUUAGGGAGAUGACUGACUGGAGCUACUGUCUAGAUUGUUGCUCCAUUAGGGAGAUGACUGACUGGAGCUACUGUCUAGAUUGUUGCUCCAUUAGGGGGAUGACUGACUGGAGCUACUGUCUAGAUUGUUGCUCCAUUAGGGAGAUGACUGACUGGAGCUACUGUCUAGAUUGUUGCUCCAUUAGCACCCUGCAAAUAGGACCCUAACAAAGCAGAGUCAUGUCAGUUCACAGCUCUCCACUGAGACUGAAGCAGUCACUGAGAGGGAGAGAGAGAGAGAGAGGGGGGGGGGGAGAGAGGGAGAGAGGGGGGUUGUCCUCUAAAAUGCAUGACUAAAUUGUUCUUAGUUUUGGUGUUUGGUUGACUUACAGAAGGGCUGUUUAGUUGUUCCAUUGCUGUGUUCAAUUGCACAAAGUAGAUGUAUUUAACCGUCAUGUUAAUUAAUCGAAGAGUGUGCAUGUCACAACAAAACAUACAUUUUUGUUGCAUUGUUAGAAACCUUUUUGUGUGAACAUGAAUAAAACAUUCCUGUUCACCUGCAACUGAAUAUGCCAUGUAAAAACCCCAAGCUGGAAUAACAAUAUAUAACGUCUGUUAUCCAACAGAGUUGUGGGGAAUGUCUGUCGCUGUGGCGGCCAGUCAAGGACGUCUCAGAGGUUGAUUUCACCUCUGACUCAGGGCCAACCGCAUGCCGAGCUAAUGCACUUUAAAUAGGGCUCGUUCCACAUUGCUUCCCUAGCACUCUCCUAGCGCUUAGCAGCAUUUUAUGGGGCCCAGCCAAGGCCAGCCAGUGGGAAGAAGUCUAUUAGCCAUUUUGGAGCUGACAGUGAGCUGGCUCAAACAGGCGAUGCAUCCUAAAUGGCACCCUAUUCCCUACAUAGUGCACUACAAAAGGAAUCGGGUGCCAUUUGGGACUCUACCAGGGACCUUUUCGGGGGCCCUCGAUAGAUACAGGCAGAUAAUUUACUGUCCCAUCAGGGAGGAAGAGGGAAGAGACUAGUAGUGUACACUUUGGGUAUAUGUUUCACUGGUAUAGGCCAAGUCCUGAACUGUGUGGAGAGGAUGAUUUAAACUCAGAGGCUUUUAGGCAUUAAUUUGCUCACUGAUUCCCUUGAUACGCAACCGUAAGUGCUUUAAGUGACUCUUAAAUUGCGGUAAAUCACAAACACAUCCAAAUUAAGCACGUUUCUAGUCGAGACCAACAUAUGUUUGUCUUGUAGACCUUACAUCUUGAGUUUUCAGUCCCUCAGUAUCUCCUCUAUCCUCAUCUAGCUGUAGCUUCGUUAGUGUCUUUAGAACAUAGAACACAGCUAGCUGUAGCUUUGUUAGUGUCUUUAGAACAUGGAACACAGCUAGCUGUAGCUUUGUUAGUGUCUUUAGAACAUGGAACACAGCUAGCUGUAGCCUUGUUAGUGUCUUUAGAACAUGGAACACAGCUAGCUGUAGCUUUGUUAGUGUCUUUAGAACAUGGAACACAGCUAGCUGUAGCUUUGUUAGUGUCUUUAGAACAUGGAACACAGCUAGCUGUAGCUUUGUUAGUGUUCUUUAGAACAUGGAACACAGCUAGCUGUAGCUUUGUUAGUGUCUUUAGAACAUGGAACACAGCUAUAUGUAGCUUUGUUAGGGUUCUUUAGAACAUCUGAAGAUGUUGUGGCUCUUUUAAAGAACAAGGGGCAUAUGUUAUGAACCCUUGUUUCUCGUCUGCUAUGGAAAUGCUCUCCCCAAAGUCUUGAUGGGAAGUGCUGAAUGUCUGUCUUCAAAGUUUCUCACCUCAGAACAGGCGCCUUAAUUACUCGCCCACUGUCUGCGCUGAGCAGAGAGGGAAACAUUUUUUUCGGACAAAUAAGUGGAUGGCUUGAUUUAUUUAUGACUCGCCCCAACCUCCCUCUCUCUCUCGCUGCUUAUCUCUCCCGCUCUGCCUAUCUCUCUCUCUUUCGGUCUCUCUGUCUUUCCAUCUCUCUCUCUCUCUCUCUCUCUCUCUCUCUCUCUCUCUCUCUCUCUCUCUCUCUGUGUCGCUCUCUAUCUGUCUCUCUCUCUACCUCUCUCUGCUUCGCUCUCUUUAUCGGUCUCUCUCACUCCCUCUCGAUCGGUCUCUCUGUCUCUCUCUCUCUCUCUCUCUGUCAGUUUGGGCUUGGGAGCGGUGGGGUAGUGAUAGCUAAUCUUUGAAGUGCGUCUCCACGGAGUCUCCAUAGCAACAGUGCUUUUGACUUAUGCUGUGAACAAUAAAUGGCCACUCUAAAAUGUGCAGAUGUCUCAAGUUUUGAGGGAGCGUGCAAUUGGCAUGCUGACUGCAGGAAUGUCCACUAGAAUGUCCACUGUUGCCAGAGAAUUGAAUGUUAAUUUCUCUACAAUAAGCCGCCUCCAACGUCGUUUUAGAGAAUUUGGUAGUCCGUCCAACCGGCCUUACAACCGCAGACCACGUGUAACCACUCCAGCCCAGGACCUCCACAUCUGAGGAGUUUUUCUGUCUGUAAUAAAGCCCUUUUGUGGGGAAAAACUCAUUCUGAUUGGCUGGACCUGGCUCCCAAGUGGGCUCCCAAGCCUUCCCAGGCCAAUCCAUGGCUGCGCCGCUGCCCCCGUCAUGUGAAAUCCAUAGAUUAGGGCCUAAUGAAUUUAUUUAAAUUGACUGAUUUUACUUAUAUGAACUGUAACUCAGCAAAAUAUUUUUAAUUGUUGCAUGGUGCGUUUAUAUUUUUGUUCAGUAUAAUACCUAGUAAUGAUUAUACUGCCAGAAAGAUUAAAAUCUAAUCUUUCUGGUAAAAAUAGUUGCUGAGGUGUAGUCACUUUUGAGCUCAAGUACACAAUACUAAUAUGAUACAAAUAUAAUAUUAUGUUUUUCCUAUUCAACAUGGGGCUUGAAAUGAUUGAAAUGCUUUCUAAAUAUAGUAACAAUCAAAUUAUAAACAACUUACUAUAAUAUUUAACCUAACUGUAAAUACAUAUGAUCAUACUUAGUGACAGUACAAAAUUGGCACCAUUUUGAUAAAACUGAUGAUGGUGCAUUUUCUGCCCAGCGACACACAAAUCAAAUCAAAUUUUAUUUGUCACAUACAUGUGUUUAGCAGAUUUUAUUGCGGGUGUAGCGAAAUGUUUGUGCUUCUAGCUCCGACAGUGCAGUAAUACCUAACAAGUAAUAUCUAACAAUUUCACAACAUAUACAGUGGGGAGAACAAGUAUUUGAUACACUGCUGAUUUUGCAGGUUUUCCUACUUACAAAGCAUGUAGAGGUCUGUACUUUUAAUCAUAGGUACACUUCAACAAAAAUCCAGAAAAUCACAUUGUAUGAUUUUUAAGUAAUUCAUUUGCAUUUUAUUGCAUGACAUAAGUAUUUGAUCACCUACCAACCAGUAAGAAUUCCGUCUCUCACAGACCUGUUAGUUUUUCUUUAAGAAGCCCUCCUGUUCUCCACUCAUUACCUGUAUUAACUGCACCUGUUUGAACUCGUUACCUGUAUAAAAGACACCUGUCCACACACUCAAUAAAACAGACUCCAACCUCUCCACAAUGGCCAAGACCAGAGAGCUGUGUAAGGACAUCAGGGAUAACAUUGUAGACCUGCACAAGGCUGGGAUGGGCUACAGGACAAUAGGCAAGCAGCUUGGUGAGAAGGCAACAACUGUUGGCGCAAUUAUUAGAAAAUGGAAGAAGUUCAAGAUGACGGUCAAUCACCUUCGGUCUGGGGCUCCAUGCAAGAUCUCACCUCGUGGGGCAUCAAUGAUCAUGAGGAAGGUGAGGGAUCAGCCCAGAACUACACGGCAGGACCUGGUCAAUGACCUGAAGAGAGCUGGGACCACAGUCUCAAAGAAAAUCAUUAGUAACACACUACGCCGUCAUGGACAAAAUCCUGCAGCGCACGCAAGGUCCCCCUGCUCAAGCCAGCGCAUGUCCAGGCCCGUCUGAAGUUUGCCAAUGACCAUCUGGAUGAUCCAGAGGAGGAAUGGGAGAAGGUCAUGUGGUCUGAUGAGACAAAAAUAGAGCUUUUUGGUCUAAACUCCACUCGCCGUGUUUGGAGGAAGAAGAAGGAUGAGUACAACCCCAAGAACACCAUCCCAACCAUGAAGCAUGGAGGUGGAAACAUCAUUCUUUGGGGAUGCUUUUCUGCAAAGGGGACAGGACGACUGCACCGUAUUGAGGGGAGGAUGGAUGGGGCCAUGUAUCGCGAGAUCUUGGCCAACAACCUCCUUCCCUCAGUAAGAGCAUUGAAGAUGGGUCGUGGCUGGGUCUUCCAGCAUGACAACGACCCGAAACACACAGCCAGGGCAACUAAGGAGUGGCUCCGUAAGAAGCAUCUCAAGGUCCUGGAGUGGCCUAGCCAGUCUCCAGACCUGAACCAAAUAGAACAUCUUUGGAGGGAGCUGAAAGUCUGUAUUGCCCAUCGACAGCCCCGAAACCUGAAGGAUCUGGAGAAGGUCUGUAUGGAGGAGUGGGCCAAAAUCCCUGCUGCAGUGUGUGCAAACCUGGUCAAGACCUACAGGAAUCGUAUGAUCUCUGUAAUUGCAAACAAAGGUUUCUGUACCAAAUAUUAAGUUCUGCUUUUCUGAUGUAUCAAAUACUUAUGUCAUGCAAUAAAAUGCAAAUUAAAUUACUUAAAAAUCAUACAAUGUGAUUUUCUGGAUUUUUGUUUUAGAUUCCGUCUCUCACAGUUGAAGUGUGCCUAUGAUAUAAAUUACAGACCUCUACAUGCUUUGUAAGUAGGAAAACCUGCAAAAUUGGCAGUGUAUCAAAUACUUGUUCUCCCCACUGUACCCUAUACACACAAAUCUAGUAAGUAAUGGCAUUUAAGAAUAUAUACAUAUAUGGACAAGCAAUGACAGUGGCAUGGACUAAGAUACAGUAGAAUAUUAUAGAAUAGAAUACAGUAUAUACAGUGAGGGAAAAAAGUAUUUGAUCCCCUGCUGAUUUUGUACGUUUGCCCACUGACAAAGACAUGAUCAGUCUAUAAUUUUAAUGGUAGGUUUAUUUGAACAGUGAGAGACAGAAUAACAACAAAAAAAUCCAGAAAAACGCAUGUCAAAAAUGUUAUAAAUAGAUUUGCAUAAGUAUUUGACCCCUCUGCAAAACAUGACUUAGUACUUGGUGGCAAAACCCUUGUUGGCAAUCACAGAGGUCAGACGUUUCUUGUAGUUGGCCACCAGGUUUGCACACAUCUCAGGAGGGAUUUUGUUCCACUCCUCUUUGCAGAUCUUCUCCAAGUCAUUAAGGUUUCAAGGCUGACGUUUAGCAACUUGAACCUUCAGCUCCCUCCACAGAUUUGCUAUGGGAUUAAGGUCUGGAGACUGGCUAGGCCACUCCAGGACCUUAAUGUGCUUCUUCUUGAGCCACUCCUUUGUUGCCUUGGCCGUGUGUUUUGGGUCAUUUUCAAUGCCCUGGCUGAGGGAAGGAGGUUCUCACCCAAGAUUUGACGGUACAUGGCCCCGUCCAUCGUCCCUUUGAUGCGGUGAAGUUGUCCUGUCCCCUUAGCAGAAAAACACCCCCAAAGCAUAAUGUUUCUACCUCCAUGUUUGACGGUGGGGAUGGUGUUCUUGGGGUCAUAGGCAGCAUUCCUCCUCCUCCAAACACGGCGAGUUGAGUUGAUGCCAAAGACCUCGAUUUUGGUCUCAUCUGACCACACCACUUUCACCCAGUUCUCCUCUGAAUCAUUCAGAUGUUCAUUGGCAAACUUCAGACGGCCCUGUAUAUGUGCUUUCUUGAGCAGGGGGACCUUGCGGGCGCUGCAGGAUUUCAGUCCUUCACGGCAGAGUGUGUUACCAAUUGUUUUCUUGGUGACUAUGGUCCCAGCUGCCUUGAGAUCAUUAACAAGAUCCUUCCGUGUAGUUCUGGGCUGAUUCCUCACCGUUCUCAUGAUCAUUGCAACUCCACGAGGUGAGGUCUUGCAUGGAGCCCCAGGUCGAGGGAGAUUGACAGGUCUUUUGUGUUUCUUCCAUUUGCGAAUAAUCGCACCAACUGUUGUCACCUUCUCACCAAGCUGCUUGGCGAUGGUCUUGUAGCCCAUUCCAGCCUUGUGUAGUUCUACAAUCUUGUCCCUGACAUCCUUGGAGAGCUCUUUGGCCUUGGCCAAUACUUUUUUCCCUCACUGUACAUAUGAGAUAAUAUUAUAGAAUAGAAUACAGUAUAUACAUAUGAGAUGAGUAGUGCAAUUCAAAAGAUGCCAUUCAAAAACCUGCUGGCUCGGUACAGCUUCAGCUUUAAGUACGAGGUAAUUUCGUCCCUCUGUGACCAGGAGAAAGUGGUCUUGUUUCAAUUCUACGGAAUGAUUUUGUAUUUUUUCCUGUUGAGAACUCUAAAUCCAUCUGAGAACAUCAACAGUGAGAUGAGACUACUGUGUUUGCUGCAAUCCCUAGAGUCUCCCAUUUCAUAUAUACUGUAAUAUUGUAAGCGCAGCUGCGAGGUUCACUGCCAGGGGAGUUCGGUCCUUUGUCUGGAUAGGCAUGAAAAUGUGACGUGGCGGAUGUGUUGUUGCCUACCCUCACCAUCUGGGGGCGUCCCGUUAGGAAGUCCAGGAUCCAGUUUCAGAGGGAGGUGUUCAGUCCCAUUGUCCUUAGCUGAUAAGCUUGGAGGGCAAUAUGGUGUUGAACGCUGAGAUGUAGUCAAUGAACAGCAUUCUCACGUAGUUGUUCCUUUUGUACAAGAGGGAAAGGGCGGUGUUGAGGCGGUAUGCAAAUUGAAAUGGGAUGAUGGUGUUGAUUUUGAGCCCUGACCAGCCUUUCAAAGCAUUUCAUGGCUACAGAUGUGAGUGCUACAGGGCGAUAGUCAUUUAGACAGGUUACCUUGGCAUUCUUGGGCACAGGGACUAUGGUGGUCUGCUUGAAACAUGUAGGUAUUACAGACUGGGUCAGGGAGAGGUUGAAAAUGUAAGUGAAGACACUUGCCAGCUGGUCAGCGCAUGCUCUGAGUACUCGUCCUGGUAAUCCGUCUGGCCCUGUGGCCUUGUGAAUGUUAACAGUCGUGCGGAACAGCUGGUGCUCUCACGCAUGGUUCAGUGUUGCUUGCCUCAAAGCAAGCAUAGAAGGCAUUUAGCUCGUCUAGUAGGCUCACGUCACUGGGUAGCUCGCGGCUGGAUUACCCUUUGUAAUCCGUGAUAGUUUGCGAGCUCUGCCACAUCUGACGAGCGUCAGAGCCGAAGUAGUAGGAUUCGAUCUGUAUUGUAGCUUUGCCUGUUUGAUGGUUCGUCGGAGGGCAUAGCGGGAAUUCUUAGAAGCGUCCGGAUUAGUGUCCUGCUUCUUGAAAGCGGCAGCUCUAGCCUUUAGCUCAGUGGGGAUGUUGCCUGUAAUCUAUGGCUUCUGGUUGGAAUAUGUACAUACAGUCACUGUGGGGAGGACGUCAUCGAUGCCCUUAUUAAUGAAGCCGGUGACUGAUGUGGUAAAUGCCAUCGGAUGAGUCCCAGAACAUAUUCCAGUCUGUGCUAGUGAAACAGUCCAGUAGCUUACCAUCCACUUCAUCAGACCACUUUCGUAUUGAGCGUGUCACUGGUACUUCCUGAGUUUUUUCACCUCUAGUUAGUGACAUGCUGGUAGAAAUGAGGUAAGACGUAUUUCAGUUUCCCUGCAUUAAAGUCACCGGCCUCUAUGGCCCUAUACAGCUCAUUGAGUGCAGUCUUAAUGCCAGCAUCGGUUUGUGGUGGUAAAUAGACAGCUACGAAAAAUAUAGAUGAGUUGCUGUGACUGUUAGUUAAAGGGAAGACUACAAACAAGCAUGCUCCCAGUUGAUGUAAGAUGCCGCCUAGGCUUAACUCCACCCUGCCUCCAUCACUAUCACCUUCUUCAUGUGUGUCUGCCUCGCCUCCAUUGAUUCUCGAUCAAUGACUGCGAUAGUAUCACCCCAUUGUCAUGAGCUCAGACUGAUAGUGUAACAAUCCCUGUCUGUCUGUCUGUCUGUCUGUCUGUCUGUCUGUCUGUCUGUCUGUCUGUCUGUCUGUCUGUCUGUCUGUCUGUCUGUCUGUCUGUCUGUCUGUCUGUCUGUCUGUCUGUCCCCAACAGAAAGCGUACUGUGGCCACUGCAGUGAAAGGAUAUGGGGGCUGGGGACGCAGGGCUACAAGUGUAUCAACUGCAAACUGCUGGUCCAUAAGCGCUGUCACAAACUCGUUCCUCUGACCUGCCAAAGGCAUAUGGUGAGUACCAUAGAAAUAGAAUCUCAUUCUAGUUCUGUGGUGAGUACUCUGGCCAAUCCGUCAUGUCAAAGCAUCGGAAGAACGUAUUACAUGGACACUUCACAUACUGCAGUGCAAAAGGCAUAUGGUGAGCUUAUAAAGGCUUUUUAGAGCAUUUAGAGUCUUCAUAAGCGCUUCAUAGAUACUUCAUAAACUUAAGUGAAUGUCUGAAUGAAUGAUUUGGGAGGGUGAAUGAGUAAUAUUUAACUGCUUUAGGUUGAAACAAUUUUCUUAGCAUUUGAACAAUUCAACUUGUUUAGAGUAAAAGAUCAAGGUGAUCAAUUAAAUUAUUCACAAGUCUAAAUUAAACAUUACUAUUGAUGUUCUAAUGUGUAUUUGUAACAUAAUGAAUGCUGUUCUGCCCCGAGCGGGGAUCGAACUAGCAACCUUCUGCACAACACAUACUGUAUAUAACUCAAAAAGCCAACUACCGUAGCCAACAGAGCAAAAUACUGGUCUGUCAUUUCAUGAGAAACAGUUCGCAAUGUACUCCAGCCAACAUGCUACGGGCAAGUUUCAAAUGGCACCCUUUUCCCUAUGUAGUGCACUACUUUUGACCAGGGCCCAUAGGCAAUAUGGUGUCAUUUGAGACACACCCAUACUGUAGUGUAUACUGAAACAUCACGUGGUUGAUCUCUAGUUACAGACUGCUAACAAACAGAAAGAAGCUAAGAGGUCCUUGCAAUCAGCCCAUUUGGCAUUACGAUUAGAGCUAGCCUCAAUAUGAAAGCCUGUGGACGUUCUUGUCAGGGACAAGCUAAAAGAAGGUGGAGGGUUCUGUGUCUGCACCACAUACUCUUAUGACUGGUGUCCCCCAGGGCUCGGUUCUAGGCCCUCUCCUCUUCUCUCUAUACACCAAGUCAUUCAGCUUCGUCAUAUCCUUACCUGGUCUCUCCUGUCAUUGCUAUGUGGAUGACACUCAACUGCUUUUCUCCUUCCCCCCUUCUGACACCCAGGCGGCGACACGCAUCUCUGCGUGCCCGGCAGAUAUCUCAGCUUGGAUGUCGGCCCACCACCUCAAGCUCAACCUCGACAAGACGGAGCUGCUCUUCCUCCCGUGGAAUGCCUGCCCGCUCAAAGACCUCUCCAUCACGGUUGACAACUCCACGUGUCCCCCCUCCCAGAGUGCAAAGAACCUUGGCGUGACUCUGGACAACAUGCUGUCAUUCUCUGCAAACAUCAAAGCAGUAACUCGCUCCUGCAGGUUCAUGCUCUACAACAUCCGUAGAGUACGGCCCUACCUCACACAGGAAGCAGCGCAGGGCCUAGUCCAGGCACUUGUCAUCGCCCAUCUGGACUACUGCAACUCGCUGUUGGCUGGGCUCCCCACUUGUGCCAUCAAACCCCUGCAACUUAUCCAGAACUCAGCCUUCCCAAGUUCUCCCAAGUCACCCCACUUCUCCGCACACUCCACGAAGCUCUCAUCCAUUACAAGACCAUGGUACUUGCCUACGAUCGAGGAACUGCCCCCUCCCCCCUAUCUUAAGAUAAAUGCACUAACUGUAAAUCGCUCUGGAUAAGAGCGUCUGCUAAAUGACUAACAUGUAAAUGUAAAGAUGGGUAUCUAAGCCGUUAGCCCUACAAUAGGCACGUUCAAACAGAGGCGGAGAAUCGAAACCGAAAGCCAAUAAUUUUCACUGGUGCCCACUUAGGGUAGUGUCAUUUCAGCCAAAUUAUUUACAAAAUAACAAAUUAAAUCCUAAAUAUCAAUUUUAAAUAAUAGCGUAUGCUAGCAAUGCUAGCACUGUAAAUUUACUUACUCUGCAUAAUUUGCGCUUCUGAAGAGGUAUGGAAGGGGUGGUUGUUUUUGAAAAAUCUACGUCUAGUGACAGCCAAUCAGAACAACGUGAGCGAGGCCUGGAAUCCAGGGCUAGACUACAGCAAACCUGGUGCCGAAAACCCAGUUCAAUAGUCAGAUGUAAUAAUAGGCUGUUUUCUUUAAUGUAAUCUGACGAUGCUCUAUCAACAAACACUUUGAUCCCCUUUGAAAAGACAAUGCCUCAUGGUUAGAACCGCAUUAAAAUUAUGUAUAUAAGUGCUUUGUCGUGAGAAAUAUGCAGACUUCUCAACUUUUGUGGUCUUUUAUUUUGUUGAAAAGAUACCUCCAUGUGCCUAAGAUGUCUAUCAACGUAGAACCUCUUUAAAACGGAAGCCUCUUCUUCCCAGUGUCUCCAAGGACCUAGUCAUGAUUUGUUUGAUACUCUUUUGGCAGCCUCAAAACCAUGUUGCGGCUAUUUGCCUGUCUUCUCUUGGCAGGAUCCAGUCAUGCCAUCACAGGAGCCCCCUUUAGAUGAGAAGAGUGAAGAGGUGGACCUCCCCCCUGAAGACACAGAGGAUACAGAUGGAAGUCAGUUCCUAUCAAAUAUUGUUUCUUUCAAUAUAGACAUAACGUGAGAAGUAGGAUUCUUGCCGUCUCAGUCUUGGUCUCAGUGCACUGGGUUUGAGUCUGGGCCUGUAUGUAAAAAGCAUAGUAUGGGGGUAGGGGUGCUGAUCUUUCUCAUUCAUUAUGAAAACGUAAAACUGAUCCUAGAUCAGCACUCCUGCCCCGAAAACACUUUGUGAAUACUCAUUUCAAAGGCUUUAAAGACACUAUUCAAUCAAAACCGAUAACUAGAUUUCCAGGUUUGUAAAAAAAAGAAACAAAGAAAAUAACUCAUGUUUGAAUCAGCAUGUUGUUUACAGACUGGUCCGAACGUUUACUUUCAAUGCACUAUUCUGCACAGCGCAAUUUUACAAAUAUGAAUUGAAGUCGGCCAUUGUCUUUCCAAGUGUGUGGUUUUUCUGCCAGAAUCAGCACCUUGAACAAGAUGCACUGCUGUGCACAGGGCCUUCACCUCUCUUUGUGCACUGGUUCUGUCCAGUCCAGUAUAGUCUAGUACUGUACAGUCCAGUACAGUAUAGUCCAGUAAAUUACAGUAUAGUCCACUACAGUAUAGUCCAGUAUAGUCCACUACAGUAUAGUCCAGUAUAGUCCAGUACAGUAUAGUCCAGUCCAGUAUAGUCCAGUAUAGUCCAGUCCAGUAUAGUCCAGUCCAGUAUAGUCCAGUACAGUAUAGUCCAGUCCAGUAUAGUCCAGUACAGUAUAGUCCAGUCCAGUCCAGUAUAGUCCAGUCCAGUAUAGUCCAGUAUAGUACAGUAUAGUCCAGUACAGUAUAGUCCAGUACAGUAUAUUGAUAGUACAGUAUAGUCCAGUAUAGUCCAGUACAGUAUAGUCCAGUCCAGUAUAGUCCAGUCCAGUAUAGUCCAGUAUAGUACAGUAUAGUCCAGUACAGUAUAGUCCAGUCCAGUCCAGUAUAGUCCAGUCCAGUAUAGUCCAGUCCAGUAUAGUCCAGUACAGUAUAGUCCAGUCCAGUAUAGUCCAGUAUAGUAUAGUCCAGUCCAGUAUAGUCCAGUACAGUAUAGUCCAGUCCAGUAUAGUCCAGUCCAGUAUAGUCCAGUACAGUAUAGUCCAGUAUAGUCCAGUCCAGUAUAGUCCAGUCCAGUCCAGUAUAGUCCAGUCCAGUAUAGUCCAGUAUAGUCCAGUAUAGUCCAGUACAGUAUAGUCCAGUACAGUCCAGUAUAGUCCAGUCCAGUAUAGUCCAGUAUAGUACAGUAUAGUACAGUACAGUAUAGUCCAGUACAGUAUAUUGAUAGUACAGUAUAGUCCAGUAUAGUCCAGUACAGUAUAGUCCAGUCCAGUCCAGUCCAGUAUAGUCCAGUCCAGUCCAGUAUAGUCCAGUCCAGUAUAGUCCAGUAUAGUCCAGUAUAGUCCAGUACAGUCCAGUAUAGUCCAGUCCAGUAUAGUCCAGUAUAGUACAGUAUAGUACAGUACAGUAUAGUCCAGUACAGUAUAUUGAUAGUACAGUAUAGUCCAGUAUAGUCCAGUACAGUAUAGUAACACUACUCACCAGUGACACCAGUGACCAGUAGGCUAACCUACUUGGGCAGAGGCAGCUCACUCUGCAGAUCAUGGUGCCCUCUGGUGGCCACAAGGGUGAACUACAUGUCCCACAAUGCUCCCUUGAUUAUGGGAGAAUCUCAAUUGCGUUUCCUUGAUUCCCCGCACCCUCUCUCCCGCCUACUUCUUAAAACCCAUUGGAUGAGGUCAGAGGUCCCUUCCCUCUGAUCUUCUCAUCCAAUGGGUUUUGAGAAGGAGGCGAGGAGAGAGGACUCAAGAAAUCAAGGAAAUACAAUUGAGAUUCUCCCAUGGACUCUUUCUCAAUGAAUCUUUCCUCGAUUCCUUGUAUCCUCUCUCCUUGUCUCCUCCUCAAAAUAAUUUUCAACCUUUUCCUUCCAAUAUGGUUGAGGAGGCGAGGAGAAAGGAUGCAAGGAAUCACGGAAAGAUGAAUUGAGAUGGAGCCAUGGAUUCUUGAGGAGUAGCCUGGUUGGUCCUCUGUAGAUCAGUUGGUAAAGCAUGGCCCUUGCAACUCCAGGAUAGUCGGUUUGAUUCCCGGGACCACCCAUACGUAAAAUGUAUGCACGCAUGACUGUAAGUGGCUUUGGAUAAAAACAUCUGCUAAAUAGCAUAUUAUACUGUAUAUUAUUAAAUGGAGAUGGCUUUAGACAAAAGAUCCUUAGGUUUUUAAUGCCCAGUCCUCACUGCAUAGAACCUUCCAUCACAACUCAGGUAACAAGUUGUUUCUCUCUUCAGUAACUUUCCUACCACACAGUCGCCAAGUGGACAAAGUGGAAAAGGACUCGAAGGUGAGUUUAUUCAGACACACAAAGUCAAUCAGUCAGUCAUGCAUUCUAUUAUGAUAUGGACAUAUGGAGUGUUCUGGUAUUCCAGAAUGUCAAAUAUUAUAUUCUGUUUGUAGAACACAGAACACAGAACAGGCAGCCCAUACUACACUUAAGAAAAAUAUAAACGCAACAUGUAAAGUGUUGGUCCCAAGUUUCAAUAGCUGAAAUAAAAGAUCCCAGAAAUGUUCCAUACGCACAAAAAUAUAAUUUAUCUCAAAUGUUGGGCACAAGUUAGUUUACAUCCCUGUUAGUGAGUAUUUCUCCUUUGCCAAGAUAAUCUAUCCACCUGACCGGUGUGGCAUAUUAACUUGCUGAUUAAUCAGCAUGAUCAUUACACAGGUGCACCUUAUGCUGGGGACAAUAAAAGGCCACUCUAAAAUGUGCAGUUUUGUCACACAACACAAUGCCACAGAGUGCAAUUGGCAUGCUGACUGCAGGAAUGUCCUCCAGAGUUGUUGCCAGAGAAUUGAAUGUACAUUUCUCUACCAUAAGCCGCCUCCAACGUCGUUUUAGAGAAUUUGGCAGUACGUCCAACCGGCCUCACAACCGCAGACCACGUGUAACCACACCAGCGGAGGACCUCCACAUCCGGCUUCUUCACCUGCGGGAGCGUCUGAGACCAGCCACCCGGACAGCUGAUGAAACUGAGGAGUAUUUCUGUCUGUAAUAAAGCCCUUUGUGGGGAGAAACUCAUUCUGAUUGGCUGGGCCUGGCUCCCCAGUGGGUGGGCCUGUGCCCAGUCUUGUGAAAUCCAUAGAUUAGGGCCUAAUGAAUUUAUUUAAAUUGACUGAUUUCCUUAUAUGAACUGUAACUCAGUAAAGUCGUUGAAAUCAUUGCAUGUUGCGUUUAUAUUUUUGUUCAGUACAUUUUAUUGGAUUUUCUCACACAAAAAUUUCACACAGGUUCUUAUAUGCGUAUCUUUUCAACACCUUAUAAUAUAAGAUGUUUUUAUAAUAUGUUAGCAUUUGUAUUUACAUGUCCAUGAUUCCAGCUCUAUGUCUAUAACCAUAAGGUUUUCCUGCAAACCUGGCGAAAACCUUCGGAUCGAAAACGUUGCACUUUUAAUAAACAACAGGGGCAUUGAACAGUGUGCUGGUAUCUGGCUCUUUUCUAACAUUCCUUUCCCAUCCAAACCCCCCUUACAGGACAUCAAAGCGGUGGUGGACGGGAUCGACGGCAUCAAGAUCUCCCAGGAGAUGGCGCUGGGCCUGGGGGACUUCGACCUGAUCCGGGUGAUCGGCCGCGGCAGCUACGCCAAGGUGCUGCUGGUGCGACUCAAGAAGAAUGAACAGAUAUACGCCAUGAAGGUGGUCAAGAAGGAACUGGUUCAUGACGACGAGGUGAGAGGGAGGGAGGGAGGGAGGGAGGGAGGGAAGGGGGAGGAGGAGAGAGAGGGAGGGGGGAGGAGGAGAGAGAGGGAAGGGGGAGGAGGAGAGAGAGGGAAGGGGGAGGAGGAGAGAGAAAGAGAGAGGUGAAAAGAGGAGAGGAUCUGGAGUAGAGUAGAGGGAGGGUCCAUGGAAGCGGGGGAUUAAAUGAGAAAAACAAGAGAAGAGAACUGGAAAAAACAUGAGGAGGUGUGAUGGAGGGAUGAGGAAGACAGGAAGUUAUUGUAAAGUAAAUUGGCCUCAACGAGGAAAAUUAGGAGUCAAAUGGAUAUAAAGACAGGGAGAAGAACUGAGGAAAUACGUAAGGAGUGUAGAGGGAAGAUUAAAUAAAAAACGGAGGUUGAUGAGUUUGAAGAAUUAUUGAGCGAUAUUAUAGUUUCCACCUCUAGGUGGGGCUAUGGUGUUACUAUUAUGCCUAGCACACAUCUGACAGAACUACUACAGAGGGCGAGGACAGGUGUUUGUGAUUUGAUUAUCCUCUAAUCAUAGAGAGAGAAGCCUCUCUUGGCUCGUAAAUAUUUGAGCUCUUCAAGUUUCAAUGUAUAACUCAGAGACAGACAACACUUCAACCAAUUAUUCUUGUGGAGAAGACCAUUCCUUCUAAAGCAUUUUACAUGUUAGGCAUUUAGUAGACGCUCUUAUCCAGAGCAACUUACAGUAGUGAGUACAUACAUUUUCGUACUGGUCCCCUGUGGGAAUCGAACCCACAACCCUGGCUUAGCAAGCGCCAUGCUGUACCAACUGAGCCACACGGGACCAGUCAACACUCAACAUGCUGUUAAAGGGGCAAUACAGGAUUGGUACAUAAAGUGGUUACAUUUCUCCUGCUCCAUCCCUCAACCGUUUACCAAAAGCAGUGGCGGGGUGGCUGCUUUGUUUGCCCUUUUUCAUGGAAUUAUGUCUGUGUUAUCUUACACCGUACGGCCCGUUCAGUGAUUUUAUAGAUCUCUCAUUAUCGAUCUCUCUAUAUAUAUCUCUCAUUAUCGAUCUCUCUUUAUAUAUCUCUCAUUAUCGAUCUCUCUUUAUAUAUCUCUAAUUAUAGAUCUCUCCCAAUGUUUUUAGUGGGGAUCACACCGUAACGAUUCUAUAUAUUUAUGAAUGCAUAUACAAUAUGUGGUUACAUUUUAUUUGUCACAUGCUUCGUAAACAACAGGUGUAGAUAACAGCACAGUGCCAGGCUUAGCCAAGCAAAGCCUGGCCCAGAUGUCAGACAGACGUCAGAGACAGACAGACAGACAGACGGACGGACGGGUGUGUUUACAUAUUAAAACCUUUUACUGCAGUGGGCUAAAUCAGGGUCAGUUUAAAAAAAAAUCUACUUUGAAACAAAAGUAUACACCUCACACACAUGGUUAUGGUCUUUAAAAAAGAAGACACCUGUACCAUGUCAGAUAUAGAGUUGAAAUGUAUUACGUUUUGAGUUUGCAUCCCAAUAUUACACUUUAUAUACAUCACAGAAGACUGAAAUAUAACAAAACCGUUUGACAUAAAAACACCAGAUUUUCGGCAGUUUUUUUUUAAAGGAUGUUUAUUAUGAAAAAUAUUAAUAACAUUCUACCCAUGAUGCCACUAGAGGGCGAUUUGGUCAUUUGACUGCAGGAAAGGGUUUAAAGGGGUCACUGCUGGCCAUGUUUUGGGCCUGAUGAGGAAUGGGAGGGUAUUUUAGGAGACAGUACCUGGCCUGGGUUCAGCCUAGUCAGUCCCUGGGAGUCAGUCCCUGGCCUGGGUUCAGCCUAGACAGUCCCUGGGAGUCAGUCCCUGGCCUGGGUUCAGCCUAGACAGUCCCUGGGAGUCAGUCCCUGGCCUGGGGUCAGCCUAGUCAGUCCCUGGGAGUCAGUCCCUGGCCUUGGUUCAGCCCAGUCAGUCCCUGGGAGUCAGUCCCUGGCCUUGGUUCAGCUUAGUCAGUCCCUGGGAGUCAGUCCCUGGCCUGGGUUCAGCCUAGACAGUCCCUGGCCUGGGGUCAGCCUAGUCAGUCCCUGGGAGUCAGUCCCUGGCCUGGGUUCAGCCUAGACAGUCCCUGGCCUGGGGUCAGCCUAGUCAGCCCCUCGGCUUGGUGCUCUGUCCCUUUCAGGGCAGCCAAGGCUACCAGCCAAGGCAGCCAAGGCCCAGCUUUAAGAAAGAAGCAGCAAAAUGGCCGCCCAGCCAAAGCCAGACAGGUUGCUAUCAUAGAUAUAGAACCUAGAGGGUGCGCCUCCAAUCUUUGCCAUUGAUCCAUAGAGAUGUAAAGAGGGCACACUGCCGAUUGCCAUUGAUAGCUUCUGUGACAACAAGGCCAGAACCACUGAAGGCUAGCUCCAUUUUAAAGUAGUGAAUUAUGUAUUUGUUCUUUGUGUAUUUCUAUGAGUUGAUUGACAGUUGGUAAACAACAGGGAUAAAGCCAUAGAGAUGGAUAGAUAGUGGACAGACCCACCCACCCAAACACUAGACCCACCCACCCAAACACUUUCAGAAGAGAAAGUAUAAGGUCACGUCCUGGAAAAGCAACAGAUGUCUGUCUUCAUCUGUGACUUCCCAGUGCAAUCACAGCUAGAGCUCUGUAAUCUUCUUACCGUCUGUUGGCACUGGCCUGGGCUUGCCAAUUAAUUGCUCUCUGACCUCCAGGGGACCCCAUUGAUUUUGUUAGUCACUCUCACUCAGAUAUCAUAUUAACAUAAGUCAUGGCAAAAUGUGUAGAAUUGCUGAAAAUUAGCUUUAAAACUGCAAAGAUUUCUCUCCACCCCAUUGCAAAAAUUGGUAGAAUUGCAGGAAAUUAGCUGCAAAACGGCCCCAAAAAAAUCCAUGCCCCAUGGUAAAAUGUGUAGAAUUGCAGGAAAUUAACAUUAAAACCAGAUUUUUUUCUCUACGCUCUAAAAAAUGUUGCCCGCAGGGUGGGGGGUCCCCCAACCAAAUCUCGCUAAUGGGUCUCAAAAGGGUACAUGUGUUCAUGAGCUUGGGUCCCAGGAAAACACUGAAUUUCUCAUUUGUGUCCCAGGCUGAAAAAAUUGAAGAACCCCUGGGUUAAAGGGCUGUUUGAGGAACUUAGAGUGGAGCUCCUCAUUUUACCUGUUACAUCUAGGUGGCAAUUGUGUGAUUUGGACGUUGUUUAUUUGACAUGCAUGAAUGUUUUAGUGUGAUGUUCAUACAUACUGUCCUUCUUUUUACUUCUUCAUUUGCCAGAGGAAGAGAAAACAUAAGGUGCCUCUUUCUCUAACUAGUGGUCCUAUUUGUGAUUGGCCCCCUUAGUUCUCCCUUAUUCCUUAGCAUUAGAUUAUAGUCCAGUUGUACUAUCAAGUAAUGACCUGAAAUUAAUGCCGUAGCAUGUACACACUGAAACGUUCCUUCAACUGUGUAUUUUUGAGAUACUUAUUCAUCCCAUAUUUUCCAUGUAUGUCUGUGUUCCAUUUCUUCUGUUUUAUGCCUUCUAUUUUAUUCAUUGGAAAGUAGACAGUUUAAGUCAUCAGUAGGGUAACUACUAUCUACGUCAUAACCUAAAUUGGAUACAUUUUCUAGUCAAUUUACUCAGUCUUUCCUUGUUCAUUUAAAGGUAGUCUAAUCUAAAGGGUUGAUACCAGUACGGCAGAAAUCCAUUGGGUGGAAUAUAGUGGCUUAGAGAAAAUAAUGUUAUUGUACAUGUAUUGUACUGAGCAAUGAGAAAUUAAGAAAAUGGCUGCUUUGUGUUGUGAUGUCCUCUGGGGAACUGAGUUGACAGCACAGAUACAUGAAAGGCAGAGCAGGUAGUCUGUCUGCUAUGACAUGAUUCUGCUACUGUAUGGAUACAAACAAUGGUUGCUAAUGUGUUGUCUUCUCAACUCUCUCCGCUCUCUUCUCUAAUCAAAAAGAAAAGAGAGGAGGGAGGGAGAGAGAGGAGAGAGAGAAGAGGGAGGGAGAAAGAGAGAGCGAAGAGAGGUAUAGACAGAGAGGAGAGAGGAGAGAAGAAGAAGAGAAAGAAGAGAGAGAAAGAGAGGAUAGGUUCUCUCUCUCUCUCUCUUCUUCUCUCGCGCUCUCUCUCUCUCCUCCUCCCUCUUCUUCUCUCGCGCUCUCUCUCUCUUCCCCUCCCCGUCUCUCUCUCUUCCUCUCUCUCUCUCUCUCUCUCUCUCCUCUCUCUCGCUCUUCUCUCUCUUCUCUCUCCACUGAUCUCUCGUUCCCUCUCUCGCUGAUUCUCUCUGUUUCCCCAACAGGACAUCGACUGGGUGCAGACAGAGAAGCAUGUGUUUGAGCAGGCGUCUACCAAUCCGUUUUUAGUGGGCCUUCACUCCUGCUUUCAGACAGAGAGCCGGUAAGAGGCAGACAGAGCGUAUGUCCCAAAUGACACCCUAUUCCCUAUUUAGUGCACUACUUUUGACCAGAACCCUAUGGGCCUUGGUCAAGAGUAGUGCACUAUGUAGGAAAUAGGGUGCCAUUUGGGACGAGCCCAGAUUCCAACAUGUUGCUUUUUUACAUUGAGAAUGUGUUCUGAAUGACAUACCGUGGCUAAAUAAAGGUAAAAUGUAUACAUAUUUCUGUAGUCGUCCCACUGGCCUUGGAACUAGGCAACUUAAUCGCUCACCAUUAGACCUCUGUUCAUUUUCAGUGUGAAGUAAGAAACUACGGAGCUGUGGCUUCUGUGAAUAGUGACGCAUUCAAUGACAGACUUCUCAUUGUAACUUAAGAAAUGUACAGUGGUAGUCAAUUACAGGUAGGCCAUGAGAGUGUUUACCGGAAGACCAUGAACCAUGACCAGUAAAACCAAACACAAUGUUAAGAGGCAUUGGGGACAGUCAUUUUUACCCAGGCUUUUUUUACUGGGGGUUUUUAGCUCAAAAAUUACUUUUGUGUAAAAUAAUUCACCAAGUUUCACGAAGACAUUGAUUGUUACAAAGAACUUAAGCAAGAUAAAUUAUAAUUCAAUUGAAUUGGCAUUCAAUUUCCAUGCAGCCUCCCCUUGUACAAUGACAAUACUUGACUAUUAUUUGGGAAAAUGGCAAUCUUGGUGCAAGGGCCACAGGCUACGUUCGACCUUCAAACUCCAUACUCCCAAGUAUGUUUGUUUCCGAAUGUCUUCUCCUUCCCUGUUAUUCCGAUUAUAGGUUAUUUCUCGUGAUCGAGUACGUCAACGGAGGGGAUCUGAUGUUUCAUAUGCAACGGCAACGGAAACUACCAGAAGAACAUGCGAGGUAAACAAACAAACAGACAUCCUCCUCCAGUUCCUCCGGUACUUCAACAGCAUACGGAUAGAACCCGUCAAUCAACCCUCAUGGCUCUCUGCCAUUUCCGCUAUAAACUUAUCAAAUCAAAUUUUAUUUGCCACAUGCGCCGAAUACAACAGGUGUAGACAUUACAGUGAAAUGUUACUUAGCACUUAACCAACAAUGCAGUUUUUAAGUUAAAAAAAAGCUAAUAAUUAAAGAGCAGCAGUAAAAUAAAAUAACAGUAGGGAGGCUAUAUACAGGGGGUACCGGUGCAGAGUCCAUUUGUUUUGAGGAGGAAUAGGCCCUAUUAGCAUCCCAACAUGAUGGGCACAUCGGUGAAGUGGAUGAAGUUGGCGGUAUCGCCGUAUUCUCAAGUCCCAAUCUCUCAGUUCAUCGCCACCGUCCUCUCUCUCUCUCUCUCUCUCUCUCUCUCUCUCUCUCUCUCUCUCUCUCUCUCUCUCUCUCUCUCUCUCUCUCUCUCUCUAUUGCACAUGGAAUUUAACAAAGUGAGGGACAAGGAGAGGCCGAGACACUUCCUGAAAUAGCAUCGCUGAAGCUGUACGAUGACACGCAAGCAGGCAGCCCUCAUAAUUGGAUUUCGGUUAAGUUGACGUGGGGCUUGUUUUUUUCUCGUACAGAGAGUGCUGUUCAGGGAGAAACUGGCCUGGAACAGAAACAGCCUGUGAUUAGUAGAUUGGCACUAUUUUGGGGCGGCUGCUGCAAAACCACUUUGAUUUACUUUACUAUAUCUUAGGAUCUCCUGUUUUGUUCCUAUUUUUUUUCCGGAUAAAGCUACUCUCCGUUUGACAGUCUGUUAGCGUUUCCGUGGAAGGGCAAGUCGAACAAAAUUCUCCUGACGUGCUCUUUUGAAGAAAAAAUGAUCAUUACGUUGGCAAAAUAUAAUUAGCGCUCAUAAUUCAUUGUGCCUGUCUAUGUAGUUUCUCGGAGCACGCUGGUGAUAAACUUGGAUCAAAGGCAGGAUAUUUUAGAGAGGCAAGGGCCCCCACUGGCUCUCCAUCUGUAUGCAGUGGGCCCCAGCCCCGUCCAUGCACAGCGGCAUGGUUAUCACCGAUAAUGAUGGUACAUAUUCAUGAGGCAUGCUCUGAGAGGUCCCUGGGUGGGUUCCCCUGAGGGGGACGAUGGUGGAGGUGGUGAUGGUGGAGCUGACAAGAUGAAUGCACAACACCCAACACGCAACACUGCUCAGUGAAGCGCUGCUCUCUCUCAGUGCACUCUUUCUCUCUCUUUCUCUCUCUCUCUCUCUCUCUCUCUCGCUCUCUCUGUGCCCUCUCUCUCUCUCUGUGCCCUCUCUCUCGCUCCCUCUCUCUCUCUAUGUGCCCUCUCUCUUUCAAUUCAAUUCAAUUUCAAUUCAAUUUCAAUUCAAUUUAAGGGCUUUAUUGGCAUGGGAAACGUAUGUUAACAUUGCCAAAGCAAGUGAAGUAGAUAGUAAACAUUACACUCAGAAGUUCCAAAAGAAUAAAGACAUUUCAAAUGUCAUAUUAUGUCUAUAUACAGUGUUGUAACAAUGUGCAAAUAGUUAAAGUACAAAUGGGAAAAUAAAUAAACAUAAAUAUGGGUUGUAUUUACAAUGGUGUUUGUUCUUCACUGGUUGCCCUUUUCUUGUGUCAAAAGGUCACAUAUCUUGCUGCUGUGAUGGCACACUGUGAUUUUUCACCCAGUAGAUAAGGGAGUUUAUCAAAAUUGGGUUUGUUUUCAAAUUCUUUGUGGAUCUGUGUUAUCUGAGGGAAAUAUGUGUCUCUAAUAUGGUCACACAUUUGGCAGGAGGUUAGGAAGUGCAGCUCAGUUUCCACCUCAUUUUGUGGGCAGUGUGCAUAUAGCCUGUCUUCUCUUGAGAGCCAGGUCUGCCUACGGCGGUCUUUCUCAAUAGCAAGGCUAUGCUCACUGAGUCUGUAUAUAGUCAAAGCUUUCCUUAAGUUUGGGUCAGUCACAGUGGUCAGGUAUUCUGCCACUGUGAACUCUCUGUUUAGGGCCAAAUAGCAUUCUAGUUUGCUCUGUUUUUUUGUUAAUUCUUUCCAAUGUGUCAAGUAAUUCUCUUUUUCUUUUCUCAUGAUUUGGUUGUAUCUAAUUGUGUUGUUGUUGUUGUUGUCCUGGGGCUCUAUGGGGUCUGUUUGUGUUUGUGAACAGAGCCCCAGGACCAUCUUACUUAGGGGACUCUUCUCCAAGUUUAUCUCACUGUAGGUGAUGGCUUUGUUAUGGAAGAUUUGGGAAUCGCUUCCUUUUAAGUGGUUAUAGAAUUUAACGGCUCUUUUCUGGAUUUUGAUAAUUAGCGGAUAUUUUUGCAGAAUUCUGCAUGCAGAGUCUCAAUUUGGUGUUUGUCCCAUUUUGUGAAUUAUUGGUUGGUGAGCGGACCCCAGACCUCACAACCAUAAAGGGCAAUGGGUUCUAUACUGAUUCAAGUAUUUUUAUCCAGAUCCUAAUUGGUAUGUCACAUUUUAUGUUCCUUUUGAUGGCAGAGAAGGCCCUUCUUGCCUUGUCUCUCAGAUCGUUCACAGCUUUGUGGAAGUUACCUGUGGCGCUGAUGUUUAGGCCGAGGAAUGUAUAGUUUUUUGUGUGCUCUAGGGCAAGUGUCUAGAUGGAAUUUGUAUUUGUGUUCCUGGCAACUGGACCUUUUUUGGAACACCAUUAUUUUUGUCUUACUGAGAUUUACUGUCACGGCCCAGGUCUGACAGAAUCUGUGCAGAAGAUCUAGGUGCUGCUGUAGGCCCUGCUUAAUUGGUGACAGAAGCACCAGAUCAUCAGCAAACAGUAGAGAUUUGACUUCAGAUUCUAGUAGGGUGAGGCCGGGUGCUGCAGACUAUUCUAGUGCCCUCGCCAAUUCGUUGAUUUAUAUGUUGAAGAGGGUGGGGCUUAAACUGCAUCCCUGUCUCACCCCACGGCCCUGUGGAAAGAAAUGUGUGUGUUUUUUGCCAAUUUUAACCACACACUUGUUGUUUGUGUACAUGGAUUUUAUAAGGUUGUAUGUUUUUCCCCCAACCCCACUUUCCAUUAAUUUGUAUAGCAGACCCUCAUGCCAAAUUGAGUCAAAACUUUUUUUGAAAUCAACAAAGCAUGAAAAGACCUUGCCUUUGUUUAGUUUGUUUGUCAAUUAGGGUGUGCAGGGUGAAUACGUGGUCUGUCGUAUGGUAAUUUGGUAAUAAAAAAACCAAUUUGACAUUGCUCAGCACAUUGUUUUCAUGAGGAGGAAAUUAGCUAGUCUGCUGUUAUGAUACUGCAGAGGAUUUUCCCCAAGGUUGCUGUUGACGCAUAUCCCACGCUAGUUAUUGGGGUCAAAUUUGUCUCCACUUUUGAGGAUUGGGGUGAUCAGUCCUUGGUUCCAAAUAUUGGGGAAUAUGCCAGAGCUAAGGAUGAUGUUAAAGAGUUUUAUAGCCAAUUGGAAUUUGUGGUCUGUGUAUUUUAUCAUUUCAUUGAGGAUACCAUCAACCCCACAUGCCUUUUUGGGUUGGAGGUUUGUAUUUUGUCCUGUAGUUCAUUCAAUGUAAUGGAGAAUCUCUCGUGCUGUCUCUUCAAGAGGGGGAGAGAGAGAGGAGCGAGAGGGAGAUAGCAGCGAGGCGCGGGCGUUUCAGGUGCGAGGGCGGGCUUUCUCUCCUUCUAGUUCUCUUUCCCUCUCCCUCUCCCUCUCCCCCUCUCUCUCUCUCUCCCUCUCUCUCUCUCUCUCUCUCUCUCUCUCUCUCAGUGCACUCUUUCUCUCUCGCUCACCCCAAUCCACAAAAGUGGAGACAAAUUUGACCCCAAUAAUUACCGUGGAACAUGCGUCAGCAGCAAUCUCAUAAAAAUCCCCUGCAGUAUAAUCAACAGCAGACUCCAACAUUUUCUCAGUGAAACAAUGUCCUGAGCAAAUGUCAAAUUGGCUUCUUACCAAAAUACCAUACGACAGACCCCGCACACACUUAUUGACAAACAAACAAAACAAAACGAAAGUGAAGUCUUCUCAUGCUUUGUUGAUUUAAAAAAUGCUUUUGACUCAAUUUGGCAUGAGGGUCUGCUAUGCAAAUUGAUGGAAAGCAGUGUUGGGGGAAACCAUAUGAAAUUAUAAAAUCAAUGUACACAAACAACAAGUGUGCUGUUAAAAUUGGCAUUAAACACAGAAUUCUUUCCUCAGGGCCGUGGGGUGAGACAGGGAUGCAGCUUGAGCCCCACCCUCUUCAACAUAUAUAAUGUCAAAAUCAAUGAAUUGGCGAGGGCACUAGAACAGUCGGCAGCACCUGGCCUCACCCUACUGGACUCAGAAAUCACCUAGAGAUGCACCUAGAGAAGUGUCGCCUCAGUCAGCUGGUUCUGGUGCUCUGUUCAUAAACACAAACCAGACCCCACAGAGCACUAGGACAGAAACACAUUUAGACCCAACCAAAUUAUGAGAAAGCAAAAAGAUAACUAUUUGACACACUGGAAAGAAUCAACCAAAAAACAGAGCAAAUUGGAAUGCUAUCUGGCCCUAAACAGAGAGUACACAGUGGCAGAAUACCUGACCACUGUGACUGACCCAAACUUUAGGAAAUCUUUGACUAUGUACAGACUCAGUGAGCAUAGCCUUGCUAUUGAGAGAGGCCGCCAUAGGCAGUCCUGGCUCUCAAGAGAAGACAGGGUAUGUGCACACUGCCCACAAAAUGAGGUGGAAACUGAGCUGCACUUUCUAAUCUCCUGCCAAAUGUAUGACCAUAUUAGAGACACAUAUUUCCCACAGAUCACACAGACCCACAAAGAAUUUGAAAACAAAUCAAAAAUUGAUAAACUCCCAUAUCUGUUAGGCGAAAUACCUCAGUGUGCAGUCACAUCAGCAAGAUUUGUGGCCCGUUGCCAUGCGAAAAGGGCAACUAGUGGAGCACAAAAAACAUUGUAAAUACAAGCUAUAUUUAUCUGUUUAUUUAUUUUCCCUUUCAUACUUCAACUAUGUACACAUUGUUACAACAUAGCCAAUAAUAUAACAUUUAAAAUGUCUAUAUUCUUUUAAAACUUUUGUGAGUGUAAUGUUUACCCUUGCUUAUUUCCCUUUUGUUUGUCUAUUCCAUUUGCUUUGGCAAUGUAAACAUAUGUUUUCCAUUCCAAUAAAGCCCUUUGAAUUGAAUUGAAUUGAAUUGAAUUGAAUUGAUAGAUAGAAAGAGAGAGCACAGAGGGAGAGAGCACAGAGGGAGAGAGCACCCCACAGGGGAAAAAGAAGGCUAUAGUGCACCAGAGAAAUCAAUACCAUUUAAGCCCACCACGUCUCGCCAUGCCAAAUGUUAGACAGAGAAUGUGAAUAUAAAAAAAAUAAUCACCUAUUAAUUAGAAACUACUUCCUGUAUAAAAAAUAUACAUACAACCGUAUAUGUUGGUUUCAGGAUGGUUUCUACGUGGUCGAAGGUCAGAAUGGAACUGUAAGUUGUACAAACUGUGUGACGAAGUCUGUUGGCUGGGAACUCUCUGAAGAAGGAAAAGCAUGUCUGAAUGAAUCCCUAUCUCCUUUCAGAUUCUAUGCUGCUGAAAUUUGUAUCGCUCUGAAUUUCCUGCACGAAAAGGGAAUCAUCUACCGAGAUUUGAAACUGGACAAUGUCCUCUUGGAUCACGAGGGACACAUCAAGCUCACAGACUACGGGAUGUGCAAGGUGAGACACUCAGAACUACUCUACUGUAUACUGUUAUAGGACUGCUGAACUGUUACCUCUGUGGGACUUCUCAUUCAUUAUGUAGAAGUGGAUCAAUACACUAGGCAUCGAAAGUCUCUCUCUCUUUUCUCUUUCUCUCGCUCGCUUUCCUACCAUGUUUCUCUGUUAUCUCAUCCUCCGUCUCUCUUCAUCUUUAACUAUCUCUUGCUUUCUCUCUCCAUGCUUCUCUGUUAUCUCAUCCUCCCUGUCUCUCUCCAUCUUUAACUCUCUCUCUCUCUCUCUCUCUCUCUCUCUCUCUCUCUCUCUCUCUCUCUCUCUCUCUCUCUCUCUCUCUCUCUCUCUCUCUCUCUCUCUCUCUCUCUCUCUCUCUCUCUCUCUCUCCAUGUUUCUCUCUCCUCCUCCAUCUCUCCCCUCUAUCAGGAGGGCAUCAGACCUGGAGACACAACCAGUACAUUCUGUGGAACCCCCAACUACAUCGGCCCUGAGAUCCUCAGAGGGGAAGACUACGGUGAGUCCCUCCCGUCAACAACACAUACAUGGAGGAAAUGGGGAGAACUCUGGGAAUUUGCCUUUUAGAAACUCCAAACAAAAAGUGAAAAUAAUGAACAGAUCUCUGUCAUUACCAAACUAUUGCUGUCAUUACCAUACUAUUGCUGUCAUUACCAAACUAUUGCUGUCAUUACCAAACCAUUGCUGUCAUUACCAAACUAUAGCUGAAUCUAACCAAGAUGGCUGAAGGUUGUCUGUCGUCUCUCUCCAGGGUUCAGUGUUGACUGGUGGGCAUUAGGCGUGCUCAUGUUUGAGAUGAUGGCCGGGAGGUCCCCGUUCGACAUCAUCACUGACAAUCCUGACAUGAACACAGAGGAGUACCUCUUCCAAGGUGAGAGAGCCCUCUACUACAGUUUUGAAGUGGAUUAAUAACAGCGCUUCUUACCUAAUGUCUCAAAGUGCUUCACAUUGUUAAGUGUGACGUCCACUACUACUACGCGAUAUGUAGCACCCACCUGGGUGAUGCAUGGUGGCCAUUUUGUGUCAAAAACAACAAAUGCUCUAUCCACAUUGGCUACUCACUCCUCCACUCAAGGGCAUGAUUAUUCAGGAUAGCAGUACUUCAUAUGUCUUUAAAUGUCAUACUGUGUAUUUUGGUGCUCCAAACCCCCUCAGGCAGCACACAAACACACCACGUCUCUCAAUACAUUACUCAUUUAUUUAUGUAUUCUGUGUUAUAAAUCGAUAAAGAUUUGCACAUAAAAAACAAGUAUGAGACAUUCGGACAGCUGGAGCAAUACCACAGGAGAGCUAAUUGCUUCUUGUAUGACAUAUUUGUAGGCUACCAGACGUGUUAAGCCAUAUAAAUAUAAUUGAUUCAAUGGUGAUGCCCAUUCUGGUUAUUUUAUUUGUAUGUGUUAUACUGUACUACAACCCACCCCAUACCCUGCUGGAGCGAACAUUCCUCCAUACCUCCCCCCAGUCUCUCUCCACCGUACACACCUAUGGCAGCUUGGGCAUGGGCACUGAAACCCAUGGGCAUCUGCCAGCCCUUUGGUUUUCCUCACGCCCCCACAGGGCAAGCAGCAUGCUCCUGGAUGCCACCUCGCUAGCGGAAACCAACCCCUCUCUCCGUAGGGGGUGACCAGCCUUAUGUCAUCACCCUGACCAGUGCCAACCUCACCCUGGGCAACCCUGGCACACAUGCCAACCCCCAGAACCAUAGACUGACAAACAGAGUUUAGGGUUGGCAUGGUGGUAUCCAAAGUUCCACGACAAUCAGGUUCUUGCGUUUAGGUUCUAAGCUAGUGAGAAUGUUAGUGUCAUGGAACAUUUGGUGCCAACCUGGUGGUGGAUAGUAUUUGGCCAAGCUCUCUCUCUCUCUCUCUUUCUCUCUGUCUGUCUGUCUGCCUUUCCAUCCAUACUAUGCUACACUGUACCAUACUCUACCUCUCCCCAACCCUUCCUUCUGGCGACCACUAGACACAUCACCAUCAGUGUUCCUAACCCCUAACCCUGGCCCCAGGCCCCUGGCCCCAGGCCCCAGAUAGUGGCCCCAGAAAUCUGUCAUUCUGCCCUUGAGCAAGGCAGUUAAACCCCCACAACAACAGCUCCCCGGGCGCUCAAUGUGGCAGCCCCCCAACACACCUCUCCGUUUCAGAGGGGUUGGGUUAAUAGCAGAAGUCAAGUAUCGGUUGGACAGUAAAAAUAAAUGUAAUUGAAUUUAAACCCUAACGCUGGUGUUUACCCUAACCCGGGGUGCCAUCAACAUCACAAAUAGAGUCUACGUCCCAAAUGGCACUGGUCAAAAGUAGUGUACCAGAUAGGGACUAGGGUGCCAUUUGGUACACAGCCAGAGACUGAUCCAGUUAUCAUUUCAUUAGGACUCAGCGUAAACAAACAGAUCAGAGAGGAAGAAGAGGAGGAUAAACAGCACUCUUUACUCUUCCGUCUCUAAUCUGUUCAUCAGAGAGCCAGGGAAGUUAAACUGCGUUGCGUCUGCCUCGUCUGCUCCUAGACACGCAAUGUUUGUUAUGACUGCAGGGGGUGGGGUUUGAGGCCAAUCAAGGAUUUACUUGACCCGACAGAGAAUACGUCCCAAUAAUCUGUCCUUUCUCCUGAAGUGUGCACUUGUACACUUCCCUUUAUGGAUUUAACAGGAAAUAAGAAACUCCAUGUAGCCCAUGCCUACACCAAUCCCAUUUCUAUUUAUUUAUAUAUGUGGGGAGGAAUGAACAUGUGCACGGCUCAGGAGGAAGGAGAGAUUAUAGGGACAUACCCAGAGUGUCAGUGGGUCCAACUAACCAACAAGGUCAGCUGCUACGCAAUACCACCAAACUGUUUCCCACUGUGGAAAACAGAACUUGCUGUACUACAGUGGGGCGGUACACUGGUGUGUCGAGCCUGUAUCCAGCCUGUGUGCCACGAGUCUCAAGGCGGCACACGACUGAAGCAGUCACAGAAGAGCCUCCUCCUCUCUCUACUCCUCUCUCCUCCUCCUCCCCUUCAGCUCAUACGCAGCAGACACGGGCAGGUUGGAUGGUGAAUCACCAAUUGUUUGCCUCCCUCCCUCCGCAGGAUUGUCCUCCCUCUCUCUUUCUCAUGCAUUCUCUCUCUCUCUGUCUUCUCCACACAGUUAUUCUGGAAAAAACAAUUCGCAUCCCAAGGUCUCUGUCGGUAAAGGCUGCCAGCGUGCUGAAGGGCUUUUUAAACAAGGUGAGAGAAGGACACUGUAGUGUUCACCAAGUGCGUCCAAUAAAGCGUCUCCCUCCCUCCCCCUCAGUGAAAUCAGCCUGUGUAGGAACGUGGCCAAGACACUAUUAGGACAGCACCAUGACAGCCAUUCUGUGAAGGCCAUAUCCAUUUGGCCGAGAGACAGAGAGUGUGUGUGUUUGUGUGUGUGUUAUGGAUGUUUUUACUUGUGUACGUGUGUGUGUGUGUGUGCGUGCGUACGGCCAUGUGUGUUUUGCUCACAGUGUCUGCGGUGACUUAUGAGUGUAUUUGUUUCUACAUGUGUCAGUGUACCUGAUAUACAUGGCUAUAGUAAGACAGUAUAGUGGAGAGUGAAUGGCCUUGGAGCUUUUCACAUUAAAUCUUUGCUAGUUAGGGCGGUGAUAUUAAAAUGAUUGUACUGAUGAAAAUACCAUAGCCCCACUGUUGGGCGUCAACAGAUAGGCUAGCGUAUUUCAGCUGUCAAGGAAAUACUGGCUCCAUUUAACAAAAACUACUACUCCGGAUUACAUUUCUAACAGAAUAGUAGAAAAUAGUAGCAAAUGAAUCAGCUGUAAAUUAAAUAUAAAAAUAUAAAAAUAAAAAUAUAGACUACCGGUCAAAAGUUUUAGAACACCUACUCAUUCAAGGGGUUUUCUUUAUUUUUACUAUUUUCUACAUUGUAGAAUAAUAGUGAAGACAUCAACAUUAUGAAAUAACACAUAUGAAAUCAUGUAGUAACCAAAAAAGUGUUAAACAAAUCAAAAUAUAUUUUAUAUUUGAGAUUCUUCAAAUAGCCACCAUUUGCCUUGAUGACAGCUUUGCACACUCUUGGCAUUCUCUCAACCAGCUUCAUGUGUUAGUCACCUGGAAUGCAUUUCAAUUAACAGGUGUGCCUUCUUAAAAGUUAAUUUGUGGAAUUUCUUUCCUUCUUAAUGCUUUUGAGCCAAUCAGUUGUGUUGUGACAAGGUAAAGCGGGUAUACAGAAGAUAGCCCUAUUUAGUAAAAGACCAAGUCCAUAUUAUAGCAAGAACAGCUCAAAUAAUCAAAGAGAAACGACAGUCCAUCAUUACUUUAAGACAUGAAGGUCAGUCAAUAUGGAACAUUUCAAGAACUUUGAAAGUUUCUUCAAGUGCAGUCGCAAAAACCAUCAAGCGCUAUGAUGAAACUGGCUCUCAUGAGGACCGCCACAGGAAAGGAAGACCCAGAGUUACAUCUGCUGCAGAGGAUAAGUUCAUUAGAGUUACCAGCCUCAGAAAUUGCAGCCCAAAUAAAUGCUUCACAGAGUUCAAGUAACAGACACAUCUCAACAUCAACUGUUCAGAGGAGACUGUGUCAAUCAGGCCUUCAUGGUCGAAUUGCUGCAAAGAAACCACUACUAAUGGACACCAAUAAUAAGAAGAGACUUGCUUGGGCCAAGAAACACGAGUAAUGGACAUUAGACCGGUGGAAAUGUGUCCUUUGGUCUGGAGUCCAAAUUUGAGAUUUCUUGUUCCAACCGCCGUGUCUUUGUGAGAUGUGGUGUGGGUGAACGGAUUAUCUCCGCAUGUGUAUUUCCCACUAUAAAGCAUGGAGGAGGAGGUGUUAUGGUGUGGGGGUGCUUUGCUGGUGACACUGUCUGUGAUUUAUUUAGAAUUCAAGGCACACUUAACCAGCAUGGCUACCACAGCAUUCUGCAGCGAUACACCAUCCCAUCUGGUUUGGGCUUAGUGGGACUAUCAUUUGUUUUUCAACAGGACAAUGACCCAACACACCUCCAGGCUGUGUAAGGACUAUUUCACCAAGAAGAUUAGUGAUGGAGUUCUGCAUCAGAUGACCUGGCCUCCACAAUCCCCCGACCUCAACCAAAUUGAGAUGGUUUGGGAUGAGUCGGACCGCUGAGUGAAGGAAAAGCAGCCAACAAGUGCUCAGCAUAUGUGGGAACUCCUUCAAGACUGUUGGAAAAGCAUUCCAGGUGAAGCUGGUUGAGAGAAUGCCAAGAGCGUGCAAAGCUGUAAUCAAGGCAAAGGGUGGCUAUUUGAAGAAUCUCAAAUAUAAAAUAUAUUUUGGUUUGUUUAACACUUUUCGGGUUACUACAUGAUUCCAUAUGUGUUAUUUCAUAGUUUUGAUGUCUUCACUAUUAUUCUACAAUGUAGAAAAUAGGAAAAAUAAAGAAAAACCCUCGAAUGAGUAGGUGUUCUAAAACUUUUGACCGGCAGUGUAUGUAAAGAAAAUAUUAUAUGAUUGUGGAGUUACACUGUUAGUUCAAUCGGUGACACGUGAAUUGCUGGCAGCAUAAGGAGUUAGUGCUUCUUUCAUUGGUGAUAAUCAACUAGUUUUGGGAUAUUACAAGGGUGGAGGAAUAGUGUAAGGGUUUGUUUGAGGGAAAUACAUACUGAACUUUGUGUUUAAUUUGAGUAAAUAUUACAUCUCUACAUUAUACCAAGAUCACAUUGCUGUAAUUUGCUGUAAUUGGUGCAAUAAGCCACCUAGUUUUUCCCUAGCCACUGUUCUUCUUUCUGCCUCUGCACUGCUUGCUCUUUGGGGUUUUAGGCUGGGGAUCUGUAAACCACAUUGUGACAAUUGCUGCUGUUAAAACCGGUUUAUAAAAUACAUUUGAAUUUAAUUAAUCACGUCAACUCUUGAUUCUACUAAUUUCUCUCUACCUAACAGGACCCCAAAGAGCGUCUGGGUUGCCAGGUCCAAACGGGCUUCACUGACAUCAAGUCGCACACGUUUUUCCGCAGUAUAGACUGGGACCAGGUAAGCCUCCAAUCAUAUCCACUUAGCAGCGUAGAAAAAAUAAAUGUGAAUAAACCCAUCUUGGUCGGUCAGUAUCACCUGUGGGAACCCAUCUUGGUCGGUCAGUAUCACCUGUGGGAACCCAUCUUGGUCGGUCAGACACUCAGUAUCACCUGUGGGAACCCAUCUUGGUCGGUCAGUAUCGCCUGUGGGAACCCAUCUUGGUCGGCCAGUAUCACCUGUGGGAACCCAUCUUGGUCAGCCAGUAUCACCUGUGGGAACCCAUAUUGGUCGGUCAGUAUCACCUGUGGGAACCCAUCUUGGUCAGCCAGUAUCACCUGUGGGAACCCAUCUUGGUCAGCCAGUAUCACCUGUGGAAAUCCAUUUGGGUCAGUCAGUAUCACCUGGGGGAACCCAUCUUGGUCAGCCAGUAUCACCUGUGGGAACCCAUCUUGGUCAGCCAGUAUCACCUGUGGAAAUCCAUUUGGGUCAGUCAGUAUCACCUGGGGGAACCCAUCUUGGUCGGUCAGACGGUCAGCAUGUUACUUUGAUUCCCAUUAUGUCUAUUUUGCAUUACUUCAUGCUAUAAUGAUGCUGUAAUGAUGCUAUAAUGAUGGGUACACUAUCCUUUAUAUCACCAAUCUCAUGAAAAUGGUACAGAAGAUACUUGCAUGCUGACUGCAGGAAUGUCCACCAGAGCUGUUGCCAGAUAAUUGAAUGUUCAUUUGUCUACCAUAAGCCGCCUCCAACGUCGUUUUAGAGAAUUUGGUAGUACGUCCAACCAGCCUCACAACCGCAGACCACGUGUAACCAUGCCAGCCCAGGACCUCCACAUCCGGCUUCUUCACCUGCGUGAUCGUCUGAGAACAGCCACCCAGACAGCUGAUGAAACUGAGGAGUAUUUCUGUCUGUAAAAAAGCCCUUUUGUGGGGAAACAUUUUUUCUGAUUGGCUGGGCCUGGCUCCUCAGUGGGUGGGCAUGGCUCCCAAGUGGGUGGGCCUAUGCCCUCCCAGGCCCACCCAUGGCUGCGCCCCUGCCCAGUCAUGUGAAAUCCAUAGAUUAGGGCCUUAUAUGAACUGUAACUCCGUAAAAUCAUUGAAAUUGUUGCAUGUUGCAUUUACAUUUUUGUUCAGUAUAGUUAUUGGGGGGUGAAACAAUAUUUACUCUUAUUGCUAAUGGUUAAUUAUAGCUCAAGGCAUUUUCGAUGGCAUGACUUUGUUAACUUCGACAACUAGGAAGUUUUCCGUCUGAUUCCUUCCGGGUCAUUUCCCUCAGCAAUCAGCCCAUGUAACUACUGUAUUAACUAACCAGUGUUGGAGAGGAGGGCUCUUAGGGAGCUAAAUGAAUGGAGCACACAGACACAGGGUGUUAACCCACCACUGUGUAGAACACAUUGACUGCCUCCUCUUUGUAGCUCCACCACAAAUAAAAGUUAAUUCUAAAUGAUGCACAUGCACCAUCGAACAGAAACUCUGUGUGUGUGUUGAGGGGAGGUUGCGUAAUUGAUUGUGUACAGCUGACACACACAGCUAUUUGAAAGCAACGUGGAAGUGGGAGCUAGGCCAAUGCAAUAUUACAGUGAGGUCCAAAAGUAUUUGGACAGUGACACCUUUUUGUUGUUGUUUUGGCUUUGCACUCAAAGCACUUAGGAUUUGAAAUCAUACAAUGACUAUGAGGUUAAAGUGCAGACUGUCAGCUUUAAUUUGAGUGUAUUUUGAAAGUUACAGAGGCAUAAAUAUCAUACCCCCUGAAAAAUGCUAACCUCCCCUGAUAUUGGUAAUGGUGAGAGGUUAGCAUGUCUUGGGGGUAUGAUAUAAAAUGCUAACCUCCCCUGAUAUUGGUAAUGGUGAGAGGUUAGCAUGUCUUGGGGGUAUGAUAUAAAAUGCUAACCUCCCCUGUUAUUGGUAAUGGUGAGAGGUUAGCAUGUCUUGGGGGUAUGAUCUUUGACCCUUCUGUAACUUUCUCACUCAUCAUUAUUCACGAUUCAUUCGGGUUUAUCCGUAAUCAUGGUAGCAUCCACAUUAAUGUAGAAGUGUUUAGAAACAUAUUCUAUACUUAUUUACAAUACAAAUGACUCCAAAAGGACACAAUAUGUAUGUAUAAAAAGUGCUAUAAUUUCUAAACGGUUCACCUCAUAGUAAUUGUAUGAUUUCAAUCCCUAAGUGCUGGAGUACAGAGCCCAAAAACAAAACAAAAUUGUCAAAGUCCAAAUACUUGCUCAUACACGGUGACCGGGACAGGAUUCUGUGUUUCAGCACAUUAUUAGUUUGUAGUCAAAGCCUCUCCUGUAUAUUCAACACAAACGAGGGGAAAUGCCUUGUUCACAGCAGUGCCUCCUUUUCUGUGAGAUGCUUCUGGCAAUAUCAAUUAUCUAUAGAAUAUGUCAGUCAACAGCAUGCAUCUUGUGAGGAAAAGCAGUAUAACUAGAUUAUAACCAACUGGUCUCUGUUGCGAUCAUGUUUAGAUUUAUUUUUUCAUGACGAGACCAAGACAUCAUGGGAAAGACAUUAUCUUCUGGUUGUUAUCUGGUCAGAUUACAACCAGAUAACAACCAGAUAAAGAUGUACAGUACCAGUCAAAAGUUUUAGAACACCUACUCAUUCCAGGGUUUUUCUUUAUUUUUACUAUUUUCUACAUUGUAGAAUAAUAGUGAAGACAUCAAAACUAUGAAAUAACACAGAUGGAAUCAUGUAGUAACCAAAAAAGUGUUAAACAAAUGUAUUUUAUAUUUGAGAUUCUUCAAAUAGCCACCCUUUGCCUUGAUGACAGCUUUACCCACUCUUGGCAUUCUCUCAACCAGCUUCAUGAGGUAGUCACCGGAAUGUAUUUCCUUCUUAAUGCAUUUGAGCCAAUCAGUUGUGUUGUGACAAGGUAGGGGGGGGGGGGGGUAUACAUUUACAUUUAAGUCAUUUAGCAGACGCUCUUAUCCAGAGCGACUUACAGUUAGUGAGUGCAUACAUUUUUCAUACUGGCCCCCCGUGGGAAUCGAACCCACAACCAUGGCGUUGCAAACGCCAUGCUCUACCAACUGAGCUACACGGGGCCUAUACAGAAGAUAGCCCUAUUUGGUAAAAUACCAAGUCCAUAUUAUGGCAAGAACAGCUCAAAUAAGCAAAGAGAAACAACAGUCCAUCAUUACUUUAAGACAUGAAGGUUAGUCAAUACGGAGCAUUUGAAGAAUCAAGCGCUAUGAUGAAACUGGCUCUCAUGAGGACUGCGACAGGAAUGGAAGACCCAGAGUUAACUCUGCUGCAGAGGAUUAUAGUUCAUUAGAGUUACCAGCCUCAGAAAUUGCAGCCCAAAUAAAUGCUUCACAGAAUUCAAGUAACAGACACAUCUCAACAUCAACUGUUCAGAGGGGACUGUGUGAAUCAGGCCUUCAUGGUCAAAUUGCUGCAAAGAAACCACUACUAAUGGCCACCAAUAAGAAGAAGAGACCUGCUUGGACCAAGAAACACGAGCAAUGGACAUUAGACCGGUGGAAAUGUGUCCAAAUUGGAGAUUUUUGGUUCCAACCGCCGUGUCUUUGUGAGACGCGGUGUGGGUGAACGGAGGAUCUCCGCAUCUGUAUUUCCCACCGUAAAGCAUGGAGGAGGAGGUCUUAUGGUUUGGGGGUGCUUUGCUGGUGACACUGUCUGUGAUUUAUUUAGAAUUCGAGGCACCCUUAACAAGCAUAGCUACCACAGCAUUCUACAGCGAUACGCCAUCCCAUCUGGUUUGGGCUUAGUGGGACUAUCAUUUGUUUUUCAACAGGACAAUGACCCAACACACCUCCAGGCUGUGUAAGGGCUAUUUGACCAAGAAGGAGAGUGAUGGAGUGCUGCAUCAGAUGACCUGGCCUCCACAAUCCCCCAACCUCAACCCAAUUGAGAUGGUUUGGGAUGUCGGACCGCAGAGUGAAGGAAAAGCAGCCAACAAGUGCUCAGCAUAUGUGGAAACUCCUUCAAAACUGUUGGGAAAGCAUUCCAGGUGAAGCUGGUUGAGAGAAUGCCAAGAGCAUGCAAAGCUGUCAUCAAGGCAAAGGGUGGCUAUUUUAAAAUAUAUUUUGAUUUGUUUAAAACUUUUUUGUUUGCUACAUGAUUCCAUGUUUUAUUUAAUAGUUUUGAUAUCUUCACUAUUAUUCUGCAAUGUAAAAAAUAGUAAAAAGAAAAGAAAAACCCUUGAAUGAGUAGGUGUGUCCAAACUUUUGACUGGUUAGUGUAUUUUUCGAGUUGCAAAAAAAACAUAAUGGCAUCACUUCAACAUCUUUUGUCCGCUGGUUUAGUAACUUCUACCUCCUGACUAUGAUCCUAACCAGUCUUAUCAGAUACAUUCUGCAAAGGUGGAUUGCGGAAGGGUAGAUGGGAGGGAACAUCUUAAUGGAAUGAAGUGCAGCCUGUGUCCCUGACGUCAAGCUCGGCACUGUGACGUCAAGCUCGACACUGUGCCAGCUUAUCCUGUGGGAGGAUCAGAACCUCUGCAGCAGUAACCAGCUGCAGCAUCGUGGCUCUUACCAGAGAUACAGUGGAGCAUCGUAACCCACUGCAAGAGGAUUAGAGGCAGGCAGUGAUUAGAUAACUGGUCUAGACAGACAGACAGAUACCCUGGCGUGAUUUCUCUUCACUAAAUAGGCUCAAGCCUACAGUGGAACAUAACGUUCAUGCCCCAAAGUCAAAGAUACAAAGCCGUGGGUAAGUCUCUCUUGGCCCAUAGUGGUCUUUGGCGAUAUACCAUUCAUACCGGGGUAUUUCUAAAUACAGAAGGUAUGAUUUUUAUUAAGAAAUCUAAGAUCAGGGUUUCCAGCUAUGCAUUUGUUUUGCUAACUUGCUAUCUAUGGGGCUAGAUGUCAAGAUUAGGGUUCUUGGUUACAGCAGAGACAUUCAAUCCCCUCCUGGAUCAAGAUCCCUGUUGCCUUAAUAGUUUUUUAGGGAAAUGGCGCCCCAUGUGUUCACAUUCGGUAAUACCGUAUAUACCCCGGUAUGGUACAGAAAUGGUAUGACAGUAUGAAAAUCUGGAUACCGCCCAACCCUAGCCCAUAGACUUCUUUGGUCUAAAAUACUAAACUUGUCCUUUAAUAAAUUAUCUCCCAAUAGUUCAAAGUAUCAGAUUUGUCAUGCAGGCAAUGGAAAUAAAUUGUGUGAAGUGUCAUCUUGACGUCUAGCCACAUUUUCAUCUAUAUUCUUCGUAGCUGUCUAUUUACCACCCCAAACCGAUGCUGGCACUAAGACCGCACCCAAUGAGCUGUAUUCUGCCAUAAGCAAACAGGAAAACGCUCAUCCAGAGGCGGCGCUCCUAGUUGUCGGGGACUUUAAUGCAGGGAAACUUAAAUCAGUUUUACCUCAUUUCUACCAGCAUGUUAAAUGUGCAACCAGAGGGGAAAAAAACUCUAGACCACCUUUACUCCACACACAGAGACGCAUACAAAGCUCUCCCGCUCCUCCAUUUGGCAAAUCUGACCAUAAUUCUAUCCUCCUGAUUCCUGCUUACAAGCAAAAACUAAAGCAGGAAGCACAGUGACUCGGUCAAAAAAAAAGUGGUCAGAUGAAGCAGAUGCUAAGCUACAGGACUGUUUUGCUAGCACAGACUGGAAUAUGUUCCGGGAUUCUACCGAUGGCAUUGAGGAGUACACCACAUCAGUCACUAGCUUCGUCAAUAAGUGCAUCGAUGACGUCGUCCCCACAGUGACUGUACGUACAUACCCAAACCAGAAGCAAUGGAUUACAGGCAACAUCCGCACUGAGCUAAAGGGUAGAGCUGCUGCUUUCAAGGAGCGGGUCUCUAACCCGGAACCUUAUAAGAAAUCCCGCUAUGCCCUCUGACGAACCAUCAAACAGGCAAAGCGUCAAUACAGGACUAAGAUCGAAUCGUACUACACCAGCUCUGACGCUCGUCGGAUGUGGCAGGGCUUGCAAACUAUUACGGACUACAAAGGGAAGCAGAGCCGCGAGCUGCCCAGUGACACGAGCAUACCAGAUGAGCUAAAUUACUUUUAUACUCGCUUCAAGGCAAGUAACACUGAAACAUGCAUGAGAGCAUCAGCUGUUCCGGACGACUGUGUGAACACGCUCUCCGUAGUUGAUGUGAGUAAUACCUUUAAACAGGUCAACAUUCACAAGGCCGCAGGGCCAGACGGAUUACCAGGACGUGUACUCUGAGCAUGCGCUGACCAACUGGCAAGUGUCUUCACUGACAUUUUCAACCUCUCCCUGUCUGAGUCUGUAAUACCAACAUGUUUCAAGUAGACCACCAUAGUCCCUGUGCCCAAGAACACUAAGGUAACCUGCCUAAAUGACUACCGACCCGUAGCACUUACGUCUGUAGCCAUGAAGUGCUUUGAAAGGCUGGUCAUGGCUCACAUCAACACCAUUAUCCCAGAAACCCUAGACCCACUCCAAUUUGCAUACCGCCCCAACAGAUCCACAGAUGAUGCAAUCUCUAUUGCACUCCACACUGCCCUUUUACACCUGGACAAAAGGAACACCUAUUUGAGAAUGCUAUACAUUGACUACAGCUCAGUUUUCAACACCAUAGUGCCCUCAAAGCUCAUCACCAAGCUAAGGACCCUGGGACUAAACACCUCCCUUUGCAACUGGAUCCUGGACUUCCUGACGGGCUGCCCCCUGGUGGUAAGGGUAGGUAAAAACACAUCCGCCACGCUGAUCCUCAACACGGGGGCCCCUCAGGGGUGUGUGCUCAGUCCCCUCCUGUACUCCCUGUUAACUCAUGACUGCAUGGCCAGGCACGACUCCAACACCAUCAUUAAGUUUGCCGAUGACACAACAGUGGUAGGCCUGAUCACCGACAAAGACGAGACAGCCUAUAGGGAGGAGGUCAGAGACCUGGCCCUGUGGUGCCAGGACAACAACCUCUCCCUCAACGUGAUCAAGACAAAGGAGAUGAUUGUGGACUACAGGAAAAAGAAGAGGACCGAGCACGCCCCCAUUCUCAUCGACGGGGCUGUAGUGGAGCAGGGUGAGAGCUUCAAGUUCCUUGGUGUCCACAUCACCAACAAACUAACAUGGUCCAAGCACACCAAAACAGUCGUGAAGAGGGCAUGACAAAACCUAUUCCCCCUCAGGAGACUGAAAAGAUUUGGUAUGGGUUCUCAGAUCCUCAAAAGCUUCUACAACUGCACCAUCGAGAGCAUCCUGACUGGUUGCAUCACUGCCUGGUAUGGCAACUGCUCGGCCUCCGACCGCAAGGCACUACAGAGGGUAGUGUGUACGGCCCAGUACAUCACUGGGGCCAAGCUUCCUGCCAUCCAGGACCUCUAUACCAGGCAGUGUCAGAGGAAGGCCCUAAAAAUUGCCAAAGACUCCAGCCGCCCUAGUCAGACUGUUCUCUCUGCUACCGCACGGCAAGCGGUACUGGAGCGCCAAGUCUAGGUCCAAGGGGCUUCUAAACAGCUUCUACCCCCAAGCCAUAAGACUCCUGAACAUCUAAUCAAAUGGCUACCCCCCUCCUUUUACGCUGCUGCUACUCUCUGUUUAUUAUCUAUGCAUAGUCACUUUAAUAACUCUACCUACAUGUACAGUGGGGAGAACAAGUAUUUGAUACACUGCCGAUUUUGCACGUUUUCCUACUUACAAAGCAUGUAGAGGUCUGUAAUUUUUAUCAUAGGUACACUUAAAACUGUGAGAGACGGAAUCUAAAACAAAAAUCCAGAAAAUCACAUUGUAUGAUUUUUAAGUAAUUCAUUUGCAUUUUAUUGCAUGACAUAAGUAUUUGAUACAUCAGAAAAGCAGAACUUCAUAAUUGGUACAGAAACCUUUGUUUGCAAUUACAGAGAUCAUACGUUUCCUGUAGGUCUUGACCAGGUUUGCACACACUGCAGCAGGGAUUUUGUCCCACUCCUCCAUACAGACCUUGUCCAGAUCCUUCAGGUUUCGGGGCUGUCGCUGGGCAAUACGGACUUUCAGCUCCCUCCAAAGAUGUUCUACUGGGUUCAGGUCUGGAGACUGGCUAGGCCACUCCAGGACCUUGAGAUGCUUCUUACGGAGCCACUCCUUAGUUGCCCUGGCUGUGUGUUUCGGGUCAUUGUCAUGCUGGAAGACCCAGCCUCGACCCAUCUUCAAUGCUCUUACUGAGGGAAGGAGGUUGUUGGCCAAGAUCUUGCGAUACAUGGCCCCAUCCAUCCUCCCCUCAAUAUGGUGCAGUCGUCCUGUCCCCUUUGCAGAAAAGCAUCCCCAAAGAAUGAUGUUUCCACCUCCAUGCUUCACGGUUGGGAUGGUGUUCUUGGGGUUGUACUCAUCCUUCUUCUUCCUCCAAACACGGCGAGUGGAGUUUAGACCAAAAAGCUCUAUUUUUGUCUCAUCAGACCACAUGACCUUCUCCCAUUCCUCCUCUGGAUCAUCCAGAUGGUCAUUGGCAAACUUCAGACGGGCCUGGACAUGCGCUGGCUUGAGCAGGGGGACCUUGCGUGCGCUGCAGGAUUUUAAUCCAUGACGGCGUAGUGUGUUACUAAUGGUUUUCUUUGAGACUGUGGUCCCAGCUCUCUUCAGGUCAUUGACCAGGUCCUGCCGUGUAGUUCUGGGCUGAUCCCUCACCUUCCUCAUGAUCAUUGAUGCCCCACGAGGUGAGAUCUUGCACGAGGUGAGACCCCCAGACUGAGGGUGAUUGACCGUCAUCUUGAACUUCUUCCAUUUUCUAAUAAUUGCGCCAACAGUUGUUGCCUUCUCACCAAGCUGCUUGCCUAUUGUCCUGUAGCCCAUCCCAGCCUUGUGCAGGUCUACAAUUUUAUCCCUGAUGUCCUUACACAGCUCUCUGGUCUUGGCCAUUGUGGAGAGGUUGGAGUCUGUUUGAUUGAGUGUGUGGACAGGUGUCUUUUAUACAGGUAACGAGUUCAAACAGGUGCAGUUAAUACAGGUAAUGAGUGGAGAACAGGAGGGCUUCUUAAAUAAAAACUAACAGGUCUGAGAGAGCCGGAAUUCUUACUGGUUGGUAGGUGAUCAAAUACUUAUGUCAUGCAAUAAAAUGCAAAUGAAUUACUUAAAAAUCAUACAAUGUGAUUUUCUGGAUUUUUGUUUUAGAUUCCGUCUCUCACAGUUUUAAGUGUACCUAUGAUAAAAAUUACAGACCUCUACAUGCUUUGUAAGUAGGAAAACCUGCAAAAUCGGCAGUGUAUCAAAUACUUGUUCUCCCCACUGUAUACGCAUAUACAGUGGGGGAAAAAAAGUAUUUAGUCAGCCACCAAUUGUGCAAGUUCUCCCACUUAAAAAGAUGAGAGAGGCCUGUAAUUUUCAUCAUAGGUACACGUCAACUAUGACAGACAAAAUGAGAUUGUUUUUUCCCAGAAAAUCACAUUGUAGGAUUUUUAAUGAAUUUAUUUGCAAAUUAUGGUGGAAAAUAAGUAUUUGGUCAAUAACAAAAGUUUCUCAAUACUUUGUUAUAUACCCUUUGUUGGCAAUGACACAGGUCAAACGUUUUCUGUAAGUCUUCACAAGGUUUUCACACAAUGUUGCUGGUAUUUUGGCCCAUUCCUCCAUGCAGAUCUCCUCUAGAGCAGUGAUGUUUUGGGGCAGUCGCUGAGCAACACAGACUUUCAACUCCCUCCAAAGAUUUUCAAUGGGGUUGAGAUCUGGAGACUGGCUAGGCCACUCCAGGACCUUGAAAUGCUUCUUACGAAGCCACUCCUUUGUUGCUCGGGCGGUGUGUUUGCGAUCAUUGUCAUGCUGAAAGACCCAGCCACGUUUCAUCUUCAAUGCCCUUGCUGAUGGAAGGAGGUUUUCACUAAAAAUCUCACGAUACAUGGCCCCAUUCAUUCUUUCCUUUACACGGAUCAGUCGUCCUGGUCCCUUUGCAGAAAAACAGCCCCAAAGCAUGAUGUUUCCACCCCCAUGCUUCACAGUAGGUAUGGUGUUCUUGGAUGCAACUCAGCAUUCUUUGUCCUCCAAACACGACGAGUUGAGUUUUUACCAAAAAGUUAUAUUUUGGUUUCAUCUGACCAUAUGACAUUCUCCCAAUCCUCUUCUGGAUCAUCCAAAUGCAUUCUAGCAAACUUCAGACGGGCCUGGACAUGUACUGGCUUAAGCAGGGGGACACGUCUGGCACUGCAGGAUUUGAGUCCCUGGCGGCGUAGUGUGUUACUGAUGGUAGGCUUUGUUACUUUGGUCCCAGCUCUCUGCAGGUCAUUCACUAGGUCCCCCCGUGUGGUUCUGGGAUUUUUGCUCACCGUUCUUGUGAUCAUUUUGACCCCACGGGGUGAGAUCUUGCGUGGAGCCCCAGAUCGAGGGAGAUUAUCAGUGGUCUUGUAUGUCUUCCAUUUCCUAAUAAUUGCUCCCACAGUUGAUUUCUUCAAACCAAGCUGCUUACCUAUUGCAGAUUCAGUCUUCCCAGCCUGGUGCAGGUCUACAAUUUUCUUUCUGGUGUCCUUUGACAGCUCUUUGGUCUUGGCCAUAGUGGAGUUUGGAGUGUGACUGUUUGAGGUUGUGGACAGGUGUCUUUUAUACUGAAAACAAGUUCAAACAGGUGCCAUUAAUACAGGUAACAAGUGGAGGACAGAGGAGCCUCUUAAAGAAGAAGUUACAGGUCUGUGAGAGCCAGAAAUCUUGCUUGUUUGUAGGUGACCAAAUACUUAUUUUCCACCAUAAUUUGCAAAUAAAUUCAUUAAAAAUCCUACAAUGUGAUUUUCUGGAUUUUUUUUCUCAAUUUGUCUGUCAUAGUUGACGUGUACCUAUGAUGAAAAUUACAGGCCUCUCUCAUCUUUUUAAGUGGGAGAACUUGCACAAUUGGUGGCUGACUAAAUACUUUUUUUCCCUACUGCAUGUCGGAAAACAAUCAGUUAAAAAUUCCUCUGUCCUAGUUAAAAACAAGUUAUCAUCCAAUAGGCUUUGAUUACAUUUCCAAUAUCCUCGCCCACGUGGAAAUUCAGUAAGAGUAAUGUAUAUGCCAAUUAUAUGAUGGUCCGACCGCAUUUUGUCCCCUAUCAACACUUUUUAAACUUUUGGUGCCAACGAGAAUGACAUAAGAAAGAAGUCAAGACGACUAGCUUGAUUGAGUCUCUGCCAUGUAUAUCUCACUAGAUCAGGAUAUUUAAGCCUCCAUAUAUCUACUCGUUCUGAUGUAUCCAUGACAUUCACGAUUUCCUUAAGAGCAUGAGGGUGAUUGUUUGUUUGUAGUGUGAUUUCCUUUACGGUCCAUUGAGCUAUUUAAAACGGUAUUAUAAUCUCCCACCAUAAUAAUAGAGUCUUGAAUUGCUUGCAAGGUCGAUCAUUUAUUAUAUACAUUUUCAAAGAAGUGUGAAACCUCCAUGUUAAAAAGCUUGUCGAAGCUGUGACGGCGUACCGCUGUGUGCCUCAGUGUCUGUGGGGAGUAGAAGGUGUGGAAUUCGUACACGCCGCAAGAAACGUAGCUGUCUCGGGCCUUGACAGAACUCCCGGGCUCGGUGCAGCUCUUUGACUGCCGUUGUUUAAGCAUAUUAAUAUUAAUCACAACACAGGCUCCUAAGGGAGCGCUUGCUUUCCCUCUGAAGCGGUGACACCUUUGAAUAUAAUUUACCUCAUGCUCUUUUUUAUUGUUUGUGUUUUGAACAACACCAACCUGCCAGAGAGUGAGAGCUGUCAACCUGAUGCUUUUUUUGUAGUUGUUGAGGCGUGAGACAUGUUCUUCAGUCACGAUAGUGUCUUAGCAUUUGCUGUCACAUGUUGCCAUCUAGAAAUAAAAUAUUGCAGACUGUGCCAGAGUGUAGCAAGAGAGUGGUUCAGAAUGCAGAUGGUUGCCAUUUUCCUUUGUUGAUAAAUGAAGAUCUAAAUGAGAUAUGAACUAGCACUACCCAUCUCUGCUGUUGAUUAGUAAUUAGUCCUGCCAUAUCAGCAGCUGCGUUCUCACUCUUGUCCUGGCUGCUGUGGCGAUGAACAACAUCAUCAUCACCUUGCCCCUCUGGAGUCCUCCGUAUCACACUCAUACACUCUCUCUCUCUCUCUCUCUCUCUCUCUCUCUCUCUCUCUCUCGCUCUCUGUCUCUCUCUCUCUCUCUCUCUCUCUCUCUCUCCUCUCUCUCUCUCUCUCAAUUUCAAUUCAAUUCAAUUUAAGGGCUUUAUUGGCAUGGGAAACGUGUGUUAACAUUGCCAAAGCAAGUGAAGUAGAUAGUAAACAAAAGUGAAAUAAACAACAAAUAUUAACAGUAAACAUUACACUCAGAAGUUUCAAAAGAAUAAAGACAUUUCAAAUGUCAUAUUAUGUCUAUAUACAGUGUUGUAACAAUGUGCAAAUAGUUAAAGUACAAAUGGGAAAAUAAAUAAACAUAAAUAUGGGUUGUAUUUACAAUGGUGUUUGUUCUUCACUGGUUCCCCUUUUCUUGUGGCAACAGGUCACAAAUCUUGCAGCUGUGAUGGCACACUGUGGUUUUUCACCCAGUAGAUAAGGGAAAUUGGGUUUGUUUUCAAAUUCUUUGUGGAUCUGUGUAAUCUGAGGGAAAUAUGUGUCUCUAAUAUGGUCAUACAUUUGGCAGGAGGUUAGGAAGUGCAGCUCAGUUUCCACCUCAUUUUGUGGGCAGUGUGCACAUAGGCAGACCUGGCUCUCAAGAGAAGACAGGCUACGACGGCCUUUCUCAAUAGCAAGGCUAUGCUCACUGAGUCUGUACAUAGUCAAAGCUUUCCUUAAGUUUGGGUCAGUCACAGUGGUCAGGUAUUCUGCCACUGUGUACUCUCUAUUUAGGGCCAAAUAGCAUUCUAGUUUGCUCUGUUUUUUUUGUUUGUUCUUUCCAAUGUGUCAAGUAAUUCUCUUCUUGUUUUCUCAUGAUUUGUUUGGGUCCAAUUGUGUUGUUGUUGUUGUCCUGGGGCUGUGUGGGGUCUGUUUCUGUUUGUGAACAGAGCCCCAGGACAAGCUUACUUAGGGGACUCUUCUCCAAGUUCAUCUCUCUGUAGGUGAUGGCUUUGUUAUGGAAGGUUUGGGAAUCGCUUCCUUUUAAGUGGUUAUAGAAUUUAACGGCUCUUUUCUGGAUUUUGAUAAUUAGCGGGUAUUGGCCUAAUUCUGCUCUGCAUGCAUUAUUUGGUGUUUUACGUUGUACACGGGGGAUGUUUUUGCAGAAUUCUGCAUGCAGAGUCUCAAUUUGGUGUUUGUCCCAUUUUGUGAAUUCUUGGUUGGUGAGCGGACCCCAGACCUCAGAACCAUAAAGGGCAAUGGGUUCUAUAACUGAUUCAAGUAUUUUUAUCCAGAUCCUAAUUGGUAUGUCACAUUUUAUAUUCCUUUUGAUGGCAGAGAAGGCCCUUCUUGCCUUGUCUCUAAGAUCGUUCACAGCUUUGUGGAAGUUACCUGUGGCGCUGAUGUUUAGGCCGAGGUAUGUAUAGUUUUUUGUGUGCUCUAGGGCAACGGUGUCUAGAUGGAAUUUGUAUUUGUGGUCCUGGCAACUGGACCUUUUUUGGAACACCAUUAUUUUUGUCUUACUGAGAUUUACUGUCAGGGCCCAGGUCUGACAGAAUCUGUGCAGAAGAUCUAUGUGCUGCUGUAGGCCCUCCUUGGUUGGUGACAAAAGCACCAGAUCAUCAGCAAACAGAAAACAUUUGACUUCAGAUUCUAAUAGGGUGAGGCCGGGUGCUGCAGACUGUUCUAGUGCCCUCGGCAAUUCGUUGAUAUAUAUGUUGAAGAGGGUGGGGCUUAAACUGCAUCCCUGUCUCACCCCACGGCCCUGUGGAAAGAAAUGUGUGUGUCUUUUGCUAAUUUUAACCGCACACUUGUUGUUUGUGUACAUGGAUUUUAUAUAAUGUCGUAUGUUUUUUCCCCAACCCCACAUUCCAUCAAUUUGUAUAGCAGACCCUCAUGCCAAAUUGAGUCAAAAGCUUUUUUGAAAUCAACAAAGCAUGAGAAGACUUUGCCUUUGUUUUGGUUUGUUUGUUUGUCAAUUAGGGUGUGCAGGGUGAAUACGUGGUCUGUCGUACGGUAAUUUGGUAAAAAGCCAAUUUGACAUUUGCUCAGUACAUUGUUUUCACUGAGGAAAUGAACUAGUCUGCUGUUAAUGAUAAUGCAGAGCAUUUUCCCAAGAUUGCUGUUGACGCAUAUCCCACGGUAGUUAUUGGGGUCAAAUUUGUCUCCACUUUUGUGGAUUGGGGUGAUCAGUCCUUGGUUCCAAAUAUUGGGGAAGAUGCCAGAGCUAAGGAUAAUGUUAAAGAGUUUAAGUAUAGCUAAUUGAAAUUUGUGGUCUGUAUAUUUUAUCAUUUCAUUGAGGAUACCAUCAACACCACAGGACUUUUUGGGUUGGAGGGUUUGUAUUUUGUCCUGUAGUUAAUUCAAUGUAAUUGGAGAAUCCAGUGGGUUCUGGUAGUCUUUAAUAGUUGAUUCUAAGAUUUGCAUUUGAUCAUGUAUAUUUUGUUGCUGUUUGUUCUCUGUUAUAGGGCCAAAAAGAUUGGAGAAGUGGUUUACCCAUACAUCUCCGUUUUGUCUCUCUCUCUCUCGCUCUCUGUCUCUGUCUCUGUCUCUCUCUCUCUCUCUCUCUCUCUCUCUCUCUCUCUCUCUCUCUGUCUCUCUAUGUCUCUCUUUCUCUUUCUCUCUCUCUCUUUCUCUGUCUCUCUCUCUCUCGCUCUCUCCCCUCUCUCCCUCUCUUUCGCUCUCUCUCACACACACUCGUACACACACAUACAGACAUGCACACAAACACACACACACACUCGCGCACACACACAUGCAUUCACUCACUCUCUCGCACACACAUACACUCGCAAGCACACCCACACACGCUCACUCCUCUCGCUCUCUCUCUCUCUCUCUCUCUCUCUCUCUCUCUCUCUCUCUCUCUCUCUCUCUCUCUUCUCUCUCUCUCUCUCUCUCUCUCUCUCUCUUCUCUCUCUCCCGUCACAGACACAGGCCACGUCAGACAGUGCUGCUCCCCCUUUCAAGCCCCCUCGGGCCACUUUCUCUAGGAGGAUAGAGCAGAGCUAAGACACUGGGGCCACUUCCUCUCUGAGUAGGAGAGAGCAGAGCCAAGGCCCCGGGCCACUUCCUCUCUGAGUAGGAUAGAGCAGAGCUAAGGCCCUGGAACCACUUCCUCUCUGAGUAGGAGAGAGCAGAGCUAAGGCCCCGGGGCCACUUCCUCUCUGAGUAGGAUAGAGCAGAGCCAAGGCCCCGGGCCACUUCCUCUCUGAGUAGGAGAGAGCAGAGCCAAGGCCCCAUUGCCACUUCCUCUCUGAGUAGGAGAGAGCAGAGCCAAGGCCCCGGGCCACUUCCUCUCUGAGUAGGAGAAGGCAGAGCCAAGGCCCCGGGGCCACUUCCUCUCUGAGUAGGAGAGAGCAGAGCUAAGGCCCCGGGGCCACUUCCUCUCUGAGUAGGAGAGAGCAGAGCUAAGGCACUGGGGCCACUUCCUCUCUGAGUAGGAUAGAGCAGAGCCAAGGUCCUGGGGCCACUUCCUCUCUGAGUAGGAGAAAGUAGAGCCAAGGCCCCGGGGCCACGUCCUCUCUGAGUAGGAGAGAGCAGAGCCAAGUCCCCGGGCCACUUCCUCUCUGAGUAGGAUAGAGCAGAGCCAAGGCCCCGGGCCACUUCCUCUCUGAGUAGGAGAAGGCAGAGCCAAGGCCCCGGGGCCACUUCCUCUCUGAGUAGGAGAAAGCAGAGCCAAGGCCCCGGGGCCACUUCCUCUCUGAGUAGGAGAGAGCAGAGCUAAGGCACUGGGGCCACUUCCUCUCUGAGUAGGAGAUAGCAGAGCCAAGGUCAUGGGGCCACCUCCUUUCUGAGUAGGAGAGAGCAGAGCUAAGGCACUGGCCUGCCUGGCUGCCUGGCUUCUACACGCUUCAUUACCACCUCACAGGGCUUCUGCAGACAGCCAGCCAGCCAGCCAGCCAGCCAGCCAGCCUACACUACAUCAGAGACAUAAAGAGAGAGAAGGGAGGGGAGGACUGGGAGAGAGAGGGGAGGGAAAGAGAGGUGAAGGAGAGAGAGACCUGGAUAGAUAGAGAGAGAAGGGAGGAGGGAAAGAGAGCGGGAGGGGUAGAGCGGAAGAGAGGGGGAAUAGUAGGGAGAGAAAACGAAAGAGACUUAGAGAGGGAGGAAGAGAGAAAAAGAGAGGUGUUCUGUGCUGUUUGAAGCUCUUCCCACAAGUGCUUUGAACCAAUAACAGUAAUGAUCCAUCGCAGUUGCCUGAGAGCCAGCAGGGAAAUCAAGAACCCAGAAAUGCACACACGUGCAUGUGUGUGCACGCACCAAACACACUGUAAUUGAAAAGCAAAGUGUGGGCUUUGUGGAGAAAAAAAAUAUAUAUACAUGUUGCUAAAGAAAAUACACAUCAAUCCAUUUUAGUCUCACUAUAUCCAUGUCCUCAUAAGGAAAAUACAGAAAUUAUAUAUUUUCAAAAAAACAAAACGGAUGGUUUUGAAAAUCCGAUGGUUUUCUAUGUCUGUCUUUUUCCAACAAUCUAAGGUUCUCUGUGGACUUUUGCAUGACAGAGGACUUGGAAACCAUGGAAAUGAACCACACAUGAACCCUCACUCUGCAGGGGGCAGUGAAUCACCCACUAACAGUAUAGAUAGGCUCACCCUUCCUUCCCCCAUCAUAUUUUCCCUCCCCUGCUUUCCUCUCUGUAUCUCUGUUCUCUUCCUCACCAAGGUCUGCUUUACGGGUAGCAUCUUGUUGCACAGGUCAACCACUUUUUGGAGGAAAGAAAAUUCAAAUGUAUUUGAUUAUGAUGAUGACUGUUAAAAUGUUUUUUCCUGGCAUACGUGUAUUCAACAUAGCCAGGAGACAGACGCACAGUGUAACGUUUACAGAGUAAGAUGUAGGGACUACCUGACCUUGUCCCAUAAAAAGAAAACGCUUGUUUUAGUCUUCCGUUGAAAAAAUGUUUUGCUACGUUGUGCACUAAUGACAGUGUUGUUGUGCUUGUCUUCCCAUGCAGCUGGAGAAGAAACAGAUGGCCCCGCCCUUCAAGCCCCAGAUCACAGACGACUACGGCCUGGAGAACUUUGACACCCAGUUCACCAACGAACCAGUGCAGCUAACGCCAGACGAUGAGUAAGUCCAGUCCUUCCAAAUGACUAGCCUGACAUACGACUAAAUAUUUGAAAAUAAAAAUGAAAAAAUAUGUAUGCACUCACUAACUGUAAGUCGCUCUGGAUAAGAGCGUCUGCUAAAUGACUAAAAUGUAAAAUGUAAUCAAUACUAUUUAUUUAUUGAAGUGUUAUAGGCCUAUAGAUGAGAUUGAACAAGCCAUCAAACUAGGUGUGUACCCUUGGCCAUAUAUUAAACAUCAGAACACAAAUGUUAUAGCUUACUGUAUAAACUACUAGUGUUAUAAUAACUUGGUAACAUAUAGAUGGUUAGUGGAUAGGGGCGGUGCAGACAGGGAAACCCCAGGUGAACUCUGGGAAUGGUGAUGGUUGGCCAGUAGAGGGCACUCCUCUCACAGGACCAGUCCAUUCCAGUCUGUUUCCUGUACCAUAAGGGAUUGGAGACUGGAGGCUGAGACUGGGGGCUUGUCCAGAAACAACCCCUAGCCCCUACUCCCUAGAGAUUAUUAGUUUGAAACAAUAGGGUGAAAAUUCCCCCUAUAGCCUGUCGGAGGGAAAGGUUGAGCUAUCCCUGUAUUGCUUAAACCUAUCAAAUAAUCUCAGAUCUCCACAAGUGUCUAGGGGGUAGUUUCUGGACAGGGUCUAUUCAGGGGUCUGCAACGUGUGGCUCUAUGGCUAACUCAGACUAUAAUUGUAGUAGUGCAGAUCUUCAACAACCAGAGAGCAUUCACCACCUCAGAGAGCAUUCACCACCUCAGAGAGCAUUCACCUCUCAGAGAGCAUUCACCACCUCAGAGAGCAUUCACCACCUCAGAGAGCAUUCACCACCUCAGAGAGCAUUCACCACCUCAGAGAGCAUUCAUCACCUCAGAGAGCAUUCACCACCUCAGAGAGCAUUCACCACCUCUGAAUCUGCAACAUAAAAGGGUCAACAUUUAUAUUGUACAUUUUACAUUUACAUUUUAGUCAUUUAGCAGAUGCUCUUAUCCAGAGCGACUUACAGGAGCAAUUAGGGUUAAGUGCCUUGUUCAAGGGCACAUCGACAGAUUUUUCACCUAGUCGGCUCGGGGAUUAGUCGGCUACCUGCCGUACAAUGAAAUGCUGCUAUGGCUCUGCCCUCAUUGUAAAAGAAACCCACAAAAAAAACACCCACAACAGUGUUUGGGAGUAGAUAAGAGACAUCAGACGUGUGAUGACUCCACUGAACAAAGAUCUACUUGGACAUCCACUCUUUCUCUCUUUUAUCCCUGUUCUUUCAUCUUCAGUCCGUUUUACUGUGCCAAGUCUCUGACUCUCGAUGUCUUUGAAAAUAAUUGUCUUCAAUAAGGAAAAAAAUAAAGAAAAUCCCCUUCCAACAAUGACUUCAGUCGUACGUUGUGUUUUGAUCGAUGUGGACAUGUUGUCCGUGGGGGAUUUGACAGGAUCCUUGUUUUAGAUUAACUUCGAAAGAAUGGGCUAAAAAGAUUUGGCAUAGCAACAGAGGUGACUGCUGUCCUACCGAGGGGCUCUGUAGCCAGAGUAUGACAAACAAGCCAGGCUUUUCUCUGCGGGUGCAGGAAAACUAUUCCAAACGAUCCCAUGUGGCUUUGCAGGUGGUGCCAAUAGAUAUUACUGGGCAGACGUUUGUCAACAUUUUCAUUAAAUUAUCCAUUGUGGACAAAUUCUGAUGUUCAGGCUCAAUGUUUGGUUUGUAAUCAUUCAGCUUUCUAUAUAGAUGUAUUGGCGAUCAGAUGAACAACACAAAUUCUAGGCAUUUCUUUGUCUGUUUCGAGGCCAUACAAAGGCAUAUAAUCUAUCUAUCCAUCUACCCAGGAUAGAAACCCACAGUAUUUCUGGCGUUCUGACACAGUAGUUGAGGUGUGUCUACUGAGGUGAGGUCAGAUCAACCGGUGGUGCGAAGCAGGGGAGGGAGUGAUGUAAAGCUCCACCCUCCUCUUCUGUGAUUGGUUUGGCAGACGAAAAAAGAAAAGUGAGAGAGAGAGAGAGAGAGUGGGAGGGAGAGGGAGAAAAAGGGUAAACCCUCCUUGUUAGCGAUUUACUUUGCUGCAUUAAAACCCUUGCUUCCUGAGAGCCCUUGCCAAGGAGCUGACAGAGUGAGGGAGAGAGACGGACGGAGAGGGGAAGAGAAAAAUUGAGGGAGAGGGGGAGAGCAAAACAGACAUUAGGAGGGAGAGAUAGAGAGAGAGAGAGAGAGAGAGAUGAAGAGAGAGGGGGAGAGAAAAACAGAGAGAGGAGAGAGGAGAAUUUAAUUUACCAGCGCCUUGUAAAUGGCUGCUAUGACCAGACCCAAAGCAAUAAGGGUUCACUCUGUUCUAUGUUCUAUGCCUUGGCUCCUUGGCCCCUUGGCUCCUUGGCUCCUUGGCUAACCACAGAGAUUCAAGGGCUUUGUCUAUAGACAGGGAUGGGGAAAAUGAAACAUUCCCUGGAUUUGGAUUGUAUGGAGGAGGUUGAUUGGAUGGGUUCUGUUCCUCUUUGUUUUAGGAGUCCUGUGUGUGUGUGGGCACCACCAUCAAAUACAGAACUGUCUGUCCUCUCUCUCUCUCUCUCUCUCUCUGGUCUUCUUCUCUCUCUCUCUUUGUCUCUCUCUCUCUGUCUCUCUGUCUAUGCUCCUCUGUCUCUCUCUUCGUCUCUUUCUCUCUGUCUCUCUUCUUCUGUCUCUCUCUCGGUCUCUCUCUCCCUGUAUCCCUCUGAUCUAUCUUCUCUCUCUCUCGUAUCAUAUUUCUCUCUGAUCUCGUCUCUAUAUCUCUUCUCUCUCUUGUCCUUUCUCUUUUGUAUAUCUCUCUAUCUGUAUCUCUCUCUCGUGUAUCUAUCUCUCUGUAUCACUAUCUCGUCUCUCUCUAUGUCUCCUCUGUUCUCUCUCUCUCUCUUCUCGCUCUUAUCUCUAUCUCUGUCUACUCUCUCUGUAUCUCAUCUUCUCUCUCCUCUCUCUCUUCAUUCUCUAUCUCUAUCUCUAUCUUCUAUCUCUGUCUCUUCUGUCUCUCUCUCUUAUCUAUAUGUAUCUUCUCUCUCUCUCUUUUGUCUCUUCUCUCAUCUUUCUAUGUCUCUGUCUCUUCUCUCCUCUACCCUCAUCUUGUAUCUAUAUUCUGUCUCUCUCUCUCUGUCUCUCUCUCUCUGUCUCCCUCUGUCUCUUUCUCUCUUUAUAUCUCUUCUCUUCUCUUCCUUCCUUUCUCUCUCUCUCUCUUCUCUCUCUCUCUCUCUCUCUCUCUCUUCUCUCUCUCUCUCUCUCUCUCUCUCUCUCUCUCUCUCUCUCUCUCUCUCUCUCUCUCUCUUCUCCCCCUCUCUCUCCCAGCUGUCAGUUCCCAGCUCUACUGACACGAGGGCAGCCUCAGAUGACACCUUUUUCCCCUCCCAUCCUUUUCUCUUUCUCCCACUUUCCUUCCUUCUUUCUCUUUCUCUCUCAAUGUCUCAGUCUCCUCCUCCCCUUCUCUUUCUCCAUCUCUCUCUCGUUCCCUUUCUCUCUCCUUUCCAUCUGGUAGAGCUUUCCAUCUGGUAGAGCUUUCCAUCUGGUAGAGCUUUCCAUCUGGUAGUCCAUCUCCUUCUUUCAGGCAGUCUCUUGGAGAAAAAAAAAGGCAACAUUUGAGCAAGUGAACACACUCUUGUUUUUUUUUUGGGGUUGCGUCCCAAACGUUCCCUCCAGUCCUCGCUCGGUUUCCCUUUUGUGGUCUUGUGUCUUUCCCCUCUGUCUUCUCUAUUUAGUUUGUUCGUUUUCAUCUCGUUUUCCGCUACUCUCCGACUUCACUCCAAUGUAUUUACAGUGAUAUCUAGCUGUGUGCAUCCAAGCGUGCCCAGGGAUAGAAUAUCCAUCAAUUAUUAUUUUUUUGUGCUAUUUGUAAAAUUUCAAUUGAAUCUUACAGAAUACAACACACAACAUUUUCUGGGUGUAUUUCAGUGUGUUGAAUGUGAUUCUAAAGGUAUGAUGGUGUGUUGUAGUCAACAGAGUGUAUGGUGGUGUGUUGUCAACAGAGUGUAUGAUGGUGUGUUGUAGUCAACAGAGUGUAUGGUGGUGUGUUGUCAACAGAGUGUAUGUCUGGAUCUAGAUUACAAUGAACUGGAGGUGAGGCUCUGGUCUUACACCACAUUGAGGCUUCUCCUAAAAACUGGUCUAGGAUCAACUCUACCAACAUUAAACCUCAGCUCAACCAUUACAAGCAACAAAAAAAAACACACCCACCCAGGACCAGUAUAAAGACAACCAACAUCUCCAGGAGGGAAGCCUCUCUCUCUCCCCAGCAAGAGGCCUGCUUCCUGGGGCUCGACUCCUCCUCCCUAUCCUCCUGGGGAGGGCGGUCAGCCCUCUUUACUACGGCAGAUGAGGGCUGCAGCCCAAAUGGCACCCUAUUCCCUAUAUAGUGAACUACUUUCGACCUGAGCCCUGUGGGCCCAAAGCAGCGCACUAUAAAGGGAAUAGGGUACCAUUUGAGACGCAGACGAGGAACAGCCUGUUGUUGGAGAAGCAUUAGCGGCAGCAGCAGAAGCUUUACUCUCUGAGUAGUACAUUUAUUUUUUACACUGCCUCUCCAAACCAGUCACGUGCUUUCCCUUCAUUUAAAGAUGAUUACCUCUUUGUUAAUGGAACCAAACCGAGGCCACUGCUGGGGAGAGAAAGAAGCACAGGGAGAGUUCACCAACGAGGCAACAACAAGCUGUUCUUUCUUCUCUUCUUUCACGUUGCGCAAAGGGCUCUUUUCUGCUGGGGUUCAAUGGUCGAUUUUGAAAUAAACAUGUGUGUGUGUUAGAUCAGUACAGCGGUGAGGUUGUUUGGAACGUGGCUGGUUUGAAAUACUGUAGGCUACCAGGUGGCUCUACUGUAGGCUACCAGAUGGAUCUACUGUAGGCUCCCAGGUGGAUUUACUGUAGGCUACCAGGUGGAUUUACUGUAGGCUACCAGGUGGAUCUACUGUAGGCUCCCAGGUGGAUUUACUGUAGGCUACCAGGUGGAUUUACUGUAGGCUACCAGGUGGAUCUACUGUAGGCUACCAGGUGGAUCUACUGUAGCCUACCAGGUGGAUCUACUGUAGCCUACCAGGUGGAUCUACUGUAGGCUACCAGGUGGAUCUACUAUAGGCUACCAGGUGGAUUUACUGUAGGCUACCAGGUGGAUCUACUGUAGGCUACCAGGUGGAUUUACUGUAGGCUACCAGGUGGAUCUACUGUAGGCUACCAGGUGGAUCUACUGUAGGCUACCAGGUGGAUUUACUCUAGGCUACCAGGUGGAUCUACUGUAGGCUACCAGGUGGAUCUACUGUAGCCUACCAGGUGGAUCUACUGUAGCCUACCAGGUGGAUCUACUGUAGGCUACCAGGUGGAUCUACUAUAGGCUACCAGGUGGAUUUACUGUAGGCUACCAGGUGGAUCUACUGUAGGCUACCAGGUGGAUCUACUGUAGGCUACCAGGUGGAUUUACUCUAGGCUACCAGGUGGAUCUACUGUAGGCUACCAGGUGGAUCUACUGUAGGCUACCAGGUGAUCUUUGCCUACCUCAGUAGCAAUGUACUUGAAACAACAACGUCUGACUUGUUCCUGUAAAUAUCCAUGUGUUGAAAUAGGACUAUUCUCACCCGACUGCCAUAGAUUCCCUGUGUAUAGGAGAGGUAAGGUAACUCCUGAAGUACUACACUAGCAUGUCCACACCCUUUAAAGCAGCACAUAUAGUAUAACCUCCAAAACAACAACAACAACACAUGAAACCAACAGGUACACAAUCUGGACAUUCCUUUGUCCAAAUGAUGACUUCUAGAACCUAAGAAUUUUGAGGGUUAAGAUUAGGCGUGCUGUGAGGUUAAAGUUAGAAUAAGGUUGUGGGAGAGUGUAGAACGGAAAAUCUAAACAAAAAAUAAAAUGCGUGCCUCACACUCAUUGCCUCCCUACGUAUAAUAUGCCUCCCUACGAAUGAUAUGUCUCCCUACGUAUAAUAUGUCUCCCUACGUAUAAUAUGUCUCCCUACGUGUAAUAUGUCUCCCUACGUGUAAUAUGUCUCCCUACGUGUAAUAUGCCUCCCUACGUAUAAUAUGUCUCCCUACGUAUAAUAUGUCUCCCUACGUAUGAUAUGUCUCCCUACGUAUAAUAUGUCUCCCUACGUAUGAUAUGUCUCCCUACGUAUGAUAUGUCUCCCUACGUAUGAUAUGUCUCCCUACGUAUAAUAUGUCUCCCUACGUAUGAUAUGUCUCCCUACGUAUAAUAUGUCUCCCUACGUAUGAUAUGUCUCCCUACGUAUAAUAUCCCAGCUAACAAGGAACGUAACUGAGACAUUUGUAACAUUCCCCUUAAGUCUUCCGGAGCAUGGCGUUUGCAACGCCAGGGUUGUGGGUUCGAUUCCCACGGGGGGCCAGUAUGAAAAAAAUAUAUUAAAAAAAGAAUGAAUGCACUCUCUAACUGUAAGUCGCUCUGGAUAAGAGCGUCUGCUAAAUGACUAAAAUGUAAAUGUAAAAAUGUACUGAAUGUCAUAGCCAGUUUGGGACAUUAUAGGCGUUAUAGAGGUUAUAAAGUAUUAUAGAGGUUAUAAAUAUCAGGUCGCUAUACAGACAUCAUGGGAACAUUAAAAACGUUACUUGGUAGUCCAUGAAAGGUUCUGAAUAUCAUGUUAUUUUGGAGAUAUCCUAGGAACAUUUCAUAACGUUACAUUUAGAGCUAUGGUUUGUCUUCAUAUGACGUUACUAUCGGAAUGAUAGAAAUACAGUUUUGAACAUUGUCUGUAAGUUUCACAAUAACGUUAUUAUGACUAAUUAUGUGGGGACUAAAAUUACUUUGUGGUCAUGUCCUGGAACUUAAUUUUGUUAGCUGGGAUUCCUCCCUACAUAUAAUAUGCCUCCCUACGUAUAACUUCCUAGAAAAGAAAGCGUAAAGCAUCAGCGAUCAGGCUGAACUACCACAUUGUAGUAUUAGUCAUUUGUUCUGAGUAAAAUGACAUUUUUCUCUCUCUGCUUUUUUCCCUUUCCUCUCCCAGGGACGUCAUCAGGAGAAUAGACCAGUCCGAGUUUGAGGGAUUUGAAUACAUCAACCCCCUGCUGCUAUCCACGGAGGAGUCUGUAUGA